AUGCCUCCUUUGACAUGCGGAGUCCUCUUCCUCGCCAUCGACAUGUCCUUCCGGCUCAUCACAGGUGAGUCCAGGAACUGGGAACGGCAAAGAGGUGCUGCUACAGGCAGUUUGUGCUGGCCCCGGGGGUAACCUGAGAAACGCGAUCCAGGUCUGGUCCAGAAUCCAAAGGUUCCACAAGGAGUCAGUCCGACAGGGUCAAGACAGGAAACCAGGCAAGGACAGGUACAGGAUCUCUGGCAGGAUCUGGCAUACAGCAAUGCUGCUCCCGCAACCUGGGGCAGGGUCCGACAGCCUUUUAUCUUUGUCGGGGUAACGGCCGGCCCUGAUCCCCCGGUGACUCACCUCCCUGUCUCGCCCGAAGGCGAGCACUCCUCCUGCGAUUACUCAGGUCUCUCCUUCUCUCAGACCUCAGUCUCUGCAGCUCGGGAGACGUCGGUGGGUUACUAGACCCAGAGGCCGCCUCAGCCUCCCCUGACCCAACUGGUAGUGGAGCAGCUGUAAGCGAUGGCCCAGCUGGAGGCAACAAGGUCAUCCCCACAUCUGGAGCCAGGGCAGGCUCAGGCCCCUGACUCGGCUCAGCUGGUGUUUGUUGCAGGGGAACCUGUGCAGACUGGGACUCUUCAGAAUCAGGCCCCAGACUUGGUUCAGCUGCCGCCUGAGGCAAAGGAUCCGGUGUGGACUGAGACCCCUCUGGUUCCGAGUCUGAGCCCCAGGCCAUCACAGUCUGGUCUCGGAGGUGCCAUGGAGAAAAGGUGACCUUCUCAGGUUCCAGGUGGUCUUUUUGGCAUAGCACUCUCGAGCUGCAUAAGAGGCUUUUGAGGCCAAAAGCAGCUCUUUGGAUUGGGUCCAGAAACGGAUUGGCAGUCAGUGGAGUCAGACCAGAACUAUCAGAGGUUGGAGUGACGGGAAAUGGUGGGGACCGCCUCUCCCUCUUCCUGCACCUUCCCUAGAAGAUCAGGACAGUAUAGAUUAAGAACAGUGGUUUGCAGAAGGGCACAGUUCAGAGGCUGCAGUGGGGAGAAGGUGGGAAAUAUUGGAGUAGGAAUAGCAGGAAGAAGAAGAAUCAGGGGAGAGAAAGCUGUCAGACUCAGUGUCUCUAGAAAGCAUUCCUGAUCCCCCUUUUCCCAGGACCAGGCGUGCCGUGAGAGUAGGAGAACAGAAAGCUCAGAGGCAAAAUCACAGAUCAGCCAGCACAGGGGUGACGUAGAAUGGGGACAAUGUGGGGGGGGAGGGACUUUACUUGGAGCAACGGUCAUUAUCUAAGAGAGACCGCAUUCCUUUCUCUCUCUCUGUGAAUAUUGAAUAAGCUACAGUGGUACCUUGGUUCUCAAACUUAAUCCAUUCCGGAAAUCCAUUCCAAAAACCAAAGCAUUCCAAAACCAAGACACGCUUUCCCAUAGAAAGUAAUGCAAAACGGAUCAAUCCGUUCCAUACUUUUAAAAAUAACCUCUAAAACAGCCAUUUAAGAUGGAUUUUACUGUGUAACGAGACCAUUGAUCCAUAAAAUGAAAGCAAUAAUGUGCUGUACUUUAAAAUAAAUAAGACAAUAUUGUAGGUGAUAAAAAUUAAAAUUAUUAUUAUUUUUACCUGCACUGAUGAUAGUCAUUGUUUGGAUGGGGGGGGGGCUUUAUCCUUUUCUGCAGUCACACAAUCAAUCAAUCAAUCAAUCAAUCAAUCACUGAACUGGGUUCCACAUAGUCACAAAAACAAAAAGCCAAAAAACAAAAAUGCAAAAUAAAUAGCAAAAACAAAAGCAAAAGCUUAAUCCAUUCCGGAAGUCUGUUUGACUUCUGAAAUGUUUGAAAACCAAGGCGCAGCUUCUGAUUAGUGCAGGCGCCCCGGAAACAAUAGCCAGCAGCCGCAUCAGACAUUCAGAUUCCAGAAAAUGUUCGAAAACCGGAAAACUUCUGGGCUUUUGGUGUUUGGAAACCAAGGCAUUUGAGACCCUUGUACAAGAGCAUGCUUUCUUUCUCCUGUUAGCAAUCCAUCUGCCACACGGGGCAUCUGCCAUAGCUUCCAAACAGUCUCUGGGGGCAGCCCCACGAGCAACACAUUGCGGAAGUCUAGCCUGGUGGUUACAAGAUUGGGACACCGCUGGACUACGGCCCAAAGUUGGCAGAAGGCACUCCUUAAGGGAAAUGGAUUUGCUAGGUAGAUGCAUCUGUAGCAUCGCAAAAUAUAUCCGCCCGAUUCAGGAGCGGGGAAAGGGCUCUUGUGUUCGAAUCUUGCUGGUUUUCCCCACAGGCAAACUGUUCCGCCACUGUGAGAACAGGAUGCUGGACUGACGGCACAAUUGGCCUUAUGUUAAUCUUGCCAAGGAUUUGGGAGGUGCCAUGACAGGACAGGGUUUCUGGGCAGCUCAGUCAAUGGGAGGGACUCCAGACCCAGGCAGGCAGCCUUCCUACAUCUUGAAAUAAAUGGAGAAAAUAACACGUUAGAGCCAGUGUGGUGUAGUGGCUAAGAGCGGUAGUCUCGUAAUCUGGGGAACCGGGUUAGUGUCUCCGCUCCUCCACAUGCAGCUGCUGGGUGACCUUGGGCCAGUCACACUUCUCUGAAGUCUCUCAGCCCCACUCACCUCACAGAGUGUUUGUUGUGGGGGAGGAAGGGAAAGGAGAAUGUUAGCCGCUUUGAGACUCCUUAAGGGGAGUGAAAGAUGGGAUAUCAAAUCCAAACUCCUCUUCUUCUUCUACUACUACUGUUAGGAAAAAAUCUAAGUGCGAGGCUGCUCAGCCACCCAACACGUUGGGCAGAGCCCGCGGGUCCCUGCGGAAUAAAGGAAGGAGUCCAGCCACCAACCGGAGCAAAUAGCUGUAGACCAAAGUUUAUUGCCCAAAGAGGAAUUGAACCCCGGGAUGGGGUGACAAGGACUUUUAAAAGUUUCUAUCUUAUCCCAGCAUGCAGUUCAUCACUACAUCACUGCUACAUCAUUGCUACAUCAGAAAAGGGGAGGGUUAUACAUGAUUCACAUAGGAGGAAUGUGUCAGGGUAACAGGUCCAUACAGUUAAAGCCAUGGUUUUCCCAGUAGUGAUGUAUGGAAGUGAGAGCUGGACCAUAAAGAAGGCUGAUUGCCGAAGAAUGGAUGCUUUUGAAUUCUGGUGCUGGAGGAGACUUGAGAGUCCCAUGGACUGCAAGAAGAUCAAACCUCUCCAUUCUGAAGGAAAUCAGCCCUGAGUGCUCACUGGAAGGACAGAUCCUGAAGCUGAGGCUCCAAUACUUUGUCCACCUCAUGAGAAGAGAAGACUCCCUGGAAAAGACCCUGAUGUUGGGGAAGAUGGAGGGCACAAGGAGAAGGGGACGACAGAGGACAAGAUGGUGGGACAGUGUUCUUGAAGGUACAAACAUGAGUCUGACCAAACUGCGGGAGGCAGUGGAAGACAGGAGUGCCUGGCGUGCUCUGGUCCAGCGGGUCACGAAGAGGCGGACACGACUUAACGACUAAACAACAACAACAACAGGCAAAUACAGGAUAUGUAUUGGGAAGUACAUUCCAAGCACCUACUGCAAAAGAACAAUAGAACUUUGGUUUGCAUUGUCUGCCACCUGGGCAAGUCUGGAGGAGAGCUUUUGCCCAGUGAUUGACACCUCUGAGUACCUUCCUGUGAGUACAUGACCUCCUGCUUGAGGGAUUAUGGCGGACCGAGUGGUUUCCAAGUCCUUGGCCAAUGAAGCAAAUUGGCAGUGGAAUGAAGGAAACUGGCAAAGGAGUUGAUUUUAUGUGAUUUUUAAAGCUAGGUAACUUCCCUGAGCUGUCAAGUCAAAAGCAAACCUUUAUGCAUAAUAUUUGUAACAUUUAACAACUUUAAAGAUGUGCCUCCCCCCCCCCCUGUAAUUUCCGGAACACUACCUUAAAGCAGGGCGGUUGGGAACAAGACCAUUAAGUGUGGAACCUGAAACGAUCUAACUCUACCACUGGGUACCAGAUGGGUUUUGUUCGGGGGUGAAACCUGUUAAUGAGUCCAGAAAUCUUAAUGGACACAGGAAGGAAGAGCUUGUGGUUCAAGCUGCUUUGGAUAAGGGGUUUAAAGCAUGCUAUGAAUUUACAAGGCUACCCCAGUCCUCCUCAGGUCUUCCAGCUGUCAGACCUUUCCACUUGUGUUGCAAAACAGAAAGCUCUGAACAAGAACCAGCAGCACGUUGGCUAAUAAUAAGUUGAUCCAUGGCCAUUAGAUGUACCUUUGUGGACAAUGUAAAAAGUUCAUUAUCCUGGAAGAACUGUUACCCUGUUGCUACGUCUGGAAUGCCUGACAUUGCGUUUGCAGGGGAAAGGCGUUUUGCCUCCAUCUCAGUGAUCUUUGAUAGUGACUCACCACUCCUAUAUUCCUGUCCAUGGAACAUUUGUUUGAUUCCUAUUAUUUGUGACUCCAUGCACAUAUUAUACAGUGGUACCUCUGGUUGCGAACGGGAUCCAUUCGGGAGGCCCGUUCGCAACAUGAGCAGAACGCAACCUGCGUCUGCGCAGGUCGCAAAUCGCCGCUUCUGCACAUGCACGUGAUGUCAUUUUGCACAUCUGCGCAUGCGCGAGUGGCGAAACCCGGAAGUAACCCUUUCUGGUACUUUUGGGUCACCGUGGGACGCAACCUGAAAACGCUCAACCUGAAGCAAACGCAGCACAAGGUAUGAUUGUAUAUCUUCUGUUUAUUAAUUUUGAAACAAUAGUAAAGUUAAAGGGACCCCUGACCAUUAGGUCCAGUCGUGGCCGACUCUGGGGUUGCAGCGCUCAUCUCCCUUUACUGGCUGAGGGAGCCGGCGUACAGCUUCCAGGUCAUGUGGCCAGCUGACUGAGCCACUUCUGGCAAACCAGAGCAGCGCACGGAAACGCCGUUUACCUUCCUGCCGGAGCGGUACCUAUUUAUCUACUUGAACUUUGAUGUGCCUUCGAACUGCUAGGUUGGCAGAAGCAGGGACCGAGCAACGGGAGCUCACCCUGUCGCGGGGAUUCAAACCGCCAACCUUCUGAUCGGCAAGAUUGGGGUGGCGUGGAACAGUUUUGCCCGAGCCCUGAAUACUCAUUGGUGUGGAUCAAGCUGGUCGAAGGGUUGAACUGGAUGACCUUUGGGGUUCCCUCCUGACCCUGCCAUUCUACGUUUCUGUGAAAUUCUCUUUCUUUUUUUAAAAAAAUCAUCUUUAUUGAAUUAAAAUACAAAUAUAUAGACAUAAAGAUAAAAAAGAAAAGAUGAGCUAUGUGGAAUUGGCCAAACUGACAUAUAAACUGUGUGAUUUCAGGGAAGAAUGGGAACUUUUUACAAACUAUCAAAAAAGACAACAAAAUGAAUUGGACUCUUUGGCAGGUUUUGAAUAAACAUUCACAAAUUUAUUAGCUGAAGAUAUGGUAGAUAAAGUAAGGAUAUGUACAAUUUUACAACAUGCAGGAAACAAUCUAUGUAAAGAAAUCAGGGAGGGUAGCUGAGUCUUUGUUGGGGGUGAGAGGGAGGGUUGGGGGGGAGGGGAAAAAUAAAGUAAUUGAUUAAGAGGAAUUAUAAAUUGUUAUGUUGAAAUUGGUUAAUAAAAAUAUUUUUAUAUUUAAAUAUUUUUUAAAAAAGAAGAAAAGAUUAAGACAAGAAAAGAAAGAAAAAAACACACAUACAAAACAAGAAUUUGCAUUAUUAUAUAAUUAUAUAAUCGUUCAUUGGCUUUCUAAAUAAAAAGUUCCAGUUCUUCUCAUUGUAGUUGUAUUGUUAUUUACGUUUAACGCACAGCCUUCUAUUACCCUAAUUUGUUUCCGUGUACUCUAAGAAAUUAAGAUUUGCACAUUGUAUUUUACAAGGGUCAGUUUAAUUCCGCAAGGAGAUUGUUAUGUGGACAAUAUGUUUUUAGGUAAUCUUUGUUGCAGGAAUUUAUGUAUAGGUUGCGGGGGGGUUGCCCCUGCAGCCCACUACCAAAAUCAGCACCAUCACUUUUGUGACUUUUGUGAUUUGUCCCCACAAAACACUUCAUCUCAGUUUCUUCCUAUCUAUUCAAAGGGCCUUUGCUGCACAAUACCAAAUGUAACAAUUCACUGAUAAAUGUGUCUAUGUACUGGCUCACUGGGAAAACUUCAGAAAUUCAUAUAGCCAUGUGAGCUCAGCUACUCAGCAGCCCCUCUGCCUGAGUGAUAAUCCCUGGCAUCCUUGCAGGGAAACAGGGAAAUGUAAAUGUCUCUUUUGUUACACUUGAUGGGUGUUUCGUGGAGGGCAAGGGGAACCAUGGGGCAGAGUCCAGGAUGCUCAGAUUCCUGCCACCAGACCUCCCCUUUCAUGAUGUAACCAUGAUGUAUGAGUGAUGUAUUUUGGGGGCUGUAACAUGGGGAUUAGCAGCUAAUAAAAGUUUGGGUUCUCUUUUGUUCGGGGCUUCCAUCUUGUUCCACCUGGUGGCAGGUGGGAGUCCUGUCGCAACAGUCUUGGUCUUUAUUGAAAAGACCAAGUCUCCUGGCUGCUGUUUUGCUCUGGGAUUCCUGGCUGGUGUCCUUGUUUUUUGUUGAGGGGGCCCCUCAAAUUUCUCUGUUAACACCCUUGAAUAUUUUCCAUUCUUUGUAUUACUUUCUGUUUCGGGAGCCCUCUCACUUUCCCCAUCAGCUUUGCCAGUUCGAGGUAUUCAGUCGUAAAGGUCUGCCAUUCAUUUAUCGUGGGUGGUGUUUCAUUUUCAUUCCUGUGAAAUUCUCAGCGGUGUCUGACCUGUCCCUUUUCCCCUCUGGGAUUGCCAGCGGUUGCUGACCAGUGCAGCGGUGGAAGCAACAUCUUUACUGAGAUCCCGGAGAACAGCCCCUACGGCACCUUGGUCUGCCGGUUAAUGGUGUCCGGUGAUCCCGAGGGCGACGCCGUCCAGCUGACCUUGGGCGGGAUCGAUGCCGAUUGGUUCUACUUGGACGGAAAGGCUGUACGGCUGAAUGUCUCUGAGGAAAAGGUGUUGGACCGAGAGGUGAGUGUUGCUCCCGUCCAGUGCCGGAUUUACGUAUAAGCUAAGACACAGGUGGCGCUGAGUGUUAAACCACAGAGCCUAGGGCUUGCCGAUCAGAAGGUCGGCGGUUCGAAUCCCCGCAAUGGGGUGAGCGUCAAAACCGAGAUGUGGAAAAUAUGGAAACAACAUGGAGAGGCAGGAUUGAGAUGUGGAGAUAUGCUUCAGAUAUCCAGACGGUGGGGAGCCCCGAAAAAUUAAUAAUUGUAAUUUGGAUUCCAAUUUGGUCUUUUUUUAUUAUAGUUUUUCAUUUUAAUUGGAGUAUUAUGAGUGGAUAUAUUAAUUGGAUGUUUUUUAUUGGAAAAUCAAUAAAAAUGAUUAAAAAAUAAAAGAAUCUCCGCAAUGGGGUGAGCUCCCGUUGCUCGGUCCCUGCUCCUGCCAACCUAGCAGUUUGAAAGCACGUCAAAGUGCAAGUAAAUAAAUAGGUACAGCUCCAGCGGGAAGGUAAACGGUGUUUCCGUACGCUGCUCUGGUUCGCCAGAAGCGACUUAGUCAUGCUGGCCACAUGACCCGGAAGCUGUACACUGGCUCCCUCGGCCAAUAGAGCGAGAUGAGCGCUGCAACCCCAGAGUUGGCCACGACUGGGCCUAAUGGUCAGGGGUCCCUUUACCUUUAAGCAAGCUAUAGCUUAGGACCCCACUAUUUUGGGGGGCCCCCAAAAAAAUUUAAUGGAAGAAACACCUGGAUGUACAUUUCCAAAAUAUAAGAUAAAAAGCAAAUAAAAUAAAACCUACACACAGCAACCAUGUUUUGUGUUGUGUAGGCUCCUAUGAUGUAAGUCAGGCAUAGGCAACCUUCAGCCCUCCAGAUGUUUUGGCCUACAACUCCCAUGAUCCCUAGCUAACAGGACCAGUGGUCAGGGAUGAUGGGAAUUGUAGUCCCAAAACAUCUGAAGGGCCGAAGGUUGCCUCUGCCUGAUGUAAGUCAUGGGCCCCACCUGCUCACCUGCUCCCUAAAAUACCACUGGUUUGCUCCUUUCUAUAUAGAGGGUGCCUGCAUUCUGUAUCGACUGGUUGCAUGGCCACAUGUGCAAAUGGCUUGAGAUACCUAUUGGGUCCAUCAAUUACCAUAUAGCAUAUAUUCAACACAAAAAACAGCAACCGUUUGUUGUUGGCAAAGGACAGCUGGACAUAGAAAGGGCCCCAUUACCUUCAGUAGCUUAGGGCCUCAUCAAACCGAAAUCCGGUGCUGCUCCAGUCUUGCUACCUGCAAGGACAAGACUUCUUUCGGUGACCCCUGUUUUUGCUCGUAUGACGCUAGAGAGACUUAGAACACCACAGCGACCGAUGCCAACAGACAUCGGCACACUUAGGGAUCUGCAGAGUUUGCGCAUCAUGCAUAACAGACCUCAGCAACUCAGCAUUUUGGCUAAUCUACUUUAUUUACAUAUAAACACAUCCAGAGCGCUGCAACAUGGCUCCCUCUCUCUCUAGCAUCAGACAGCAAAGAGAAAAAGGACAACAGUCCCACUUCACAGAACACAGUAACACAAACAUCCUGUCUCCGUCACUUCCCACUCUGUGGAAUGAAAACAUACACCGUCAUGUGAAAGACAACAGUCCCAUGACUGCAAUCACGGAGCAGGAAUUCUAACGUCUCCAUGGACAGCUGUGAGUCCAAAAUGACGCCCAGGCUGUGCACCUGGUCCUUCAGGGACAUAGAUACCCCAUUCAUGACCAGGGAGUCCUCCACCCCUGCCCCCCCAAAACAGUACUUCUGUCUUGUCAGGAUUCAACCUCAAUCUGUUAGCCACCGUCCAUCCUCCCAUGUUUCUAGCAGGCGCCGAAAAGAAUACAGCGAAGGCAUCCUGCCUGAUAUCAAUAGGCAGGGAGUUCCCAAGGGUAGCUGCUGCCACACUAAACGAUCAAGUUCUUAUAAAUCAUAAAAUCAUAGAGUUGGAAAGGACCCCAAGGGUUUUGGGGGGUUGGUCUAGAUGACCCUCAGGGAGCAUUCCCAACAGUUCUAUGAUUCAUCCUAUAUUUGUGCCUCGGAUUUUUUCCCUGCCUAAGCGCAGUACCAUCUAUUUGUCCAUAAAGAUAAAGAUAAAGGUAAAGGGACCCCUGACCAUUAGGUCCAGUCGUGGCCAACUCUGGGGUUGCGGCGCUCAUCUCGCUUUACUGGCCGAGGGAACCGGUGUACAGCUUCCGGGUCAUGUGGCUAGCAUGACUAAGCUGCUUCUGGCGAACCAGAGCAGCGCACAGAAAUGCCGUUUACCUUCCCGCCGGAGCGGUACCUAUUCAUCUACUUGCACUUUGAUGUGCUUUCGAACUGCUAGGCUGGCAGGAGCAGGGACGGAGCAACAGGAGCUCACCCUGUCGCUGGGAUUUGAACCGCCGACCUUCUGAUGGGCAAGCCCUAGGUUCAGUGGUUUAGACCACAGUGCCACCUGCGUCCCUACUGAGAUCCAUUUAGUUCCUUCUGGCCAUCUUCUCCGAUCUUUAAGGCCAUCCUAAAUCCCGAUUCUGUCUUCUGCGGCCUUAGCUUCCCCUCCCAGUUUGAUACCACCUGCAAAUGUGAUGAGCAUCUUCUCAAUUCCUUUUAUCCGAGCCGUUUAUAAAAUUGUCGUACUACACUGGGUCCAGGAGAGAGCCCUGCAGUGCCCCUCUUCUCCUCUCCCCCCCCCCCCCAGAAUGAUGAGGAACCAUCAGUGAGGAUAAUAAUAAUAAUAAUAAUAAUAAUAAUAAUAAUUUAUUAUUUAUAUCCCGCCCUUCUGGCUAGGUUUCCCCAGCCACUCUGGGCGGCUUCCAACCGAAUAUUAAAAGCAAUACAGCAUCAGACAUUAAAAACUUCCCUACACAGGGCCGCCUUCAGGUGUCUUUUAAAAGUAAAAUAGUUGUUUAUUGCCUUGACAUAUGCUGGGAGGGCGUUCCACAGGGCAGGCGCCACUAAUAAUAAUGAUUAAAAAACCAGCAAUUCUGCAUUUGCAAAGUUGAGGAAAGAGAUGCAUGAAUGAUGCCAGGGUGACGCUCUCCCUUUUUCUCUCUCUCUUCCAGGCGUUGGAAACUCCUGUUCUGAUGGUCUCCUUCACAUGCACGGAAGACGGCUUCUCGCCGGUACAAAACAUUGCAUUUUAUUAUUUUAUUAAUUAGGCAUUCCUACGUCCUGGGCAGGAUCUUAAAACUCCCUUUUUCAAGCUCAAGUUCCUUUGGCAUCUCCCGCCCAGUCUCCUGCUUAGCAUGGCUCUGGCUGCUGCUUACAAAGUGCUUUACGGCCCUGGUUUUGCUGAUCACGCGCACACCAGCCCUGCAAGGCAGGCCACAAAUGUUUCCAAGGGGAAUUCGAGCAAGGAGAGCCCUUUGUAAUCCUGGAGGGCCACUUUCCUUUCCAGGCCACCUCCUGAGGGCCGCGGGCUGCCGUGGGCGGGGCAAAAGGCAAAAGGGGUGGGGCCACAAAUGCAAAUUUUACCUUUAUAGGGCUUCUACACAAACUCGCACUCACACCCGGGUGAAGGCUGAGUCCUGUCCCCGAAACAAACCUCCCUCUCAAAGUACUGCUGUCAUCAUCAUCAUCAUUAUUAUUUUCCCUAAAACUCUGUACUUUAUUUAUCUCUCACACUGACAGCUAAUCAAACACAUUCCAUCAUAACAAUGUGUAAAAUAGAAUCUUCAAAAUCAGUUGUUCAUAGAAUCAUAGAAUCAUAGAGUUGGAAGAGACCACAAGGGCCGUCGAGUCCAACCCCCUGCCAAGCAGGAAACACCAUCAGAGCACUCCUGACAUAUGGUUGUCAAGCCUCUGCUUAAAGACCUCCAAAGAAGGAGACUCCACCACACUCCUUGGCAGCAAAUUCCACUGUCGAACAGCUCUUACUGUCAGGAAGUUCUUCCUAAUGUUUAGGUGGAAUCUUCUUUCUUGUAGUUUGGAUCCAUUGCUCCGUGUCCGCUUCUCUGGAGCAGCAGAAAACAACCUUUCUCCCUCCUCUAUGUGACAUCCUUUUAUAUAUUUGAACAUGGCUAUCAUAUCACCCCUUAACCUCCUCUUCUCCAGGCUAAACAUGCCCAGCUCCCUUAGCCGUUCCUCAUAAGGCAUCGUUUCCAGGCCUUUGACCAUUUUGUUGCCCUCCUCUGGACACGUUCCAGUUUGUCAGUGUCCUUCUUGAACUGUGGUGCCCAGAACUGGACACAGUACUCCAGGUGAGGUCUGACCAGAGCAGAAUACAGUGGCACUAUUACUUCCCUUGAUCUAGAUGCUAUACUAUUGAUGCAGCCCAGAAUUGCAUUGGCUUUUUUAGCUGCCGCGUCACACUGUUGGCUCAUGUCAAGUUUGUGGUCAACCAAGACUCCUAGAUCCUUUUCACAUGUACUGCUCUCAAGCCAGGUGUCCCCCAUCUUGUAUUUGUGCCUCUCAUUUUUUUGCCCAAGUGCAAUACUUUACAUUUCUCCUGUUAAAAUUCAUCUUGUUUGUUUUGGCCCAGUUCUCUAAUCUGUCAAGGUCGUUUUGAAGUGUGAUCCGGUCCUCUGGGGUGUUAGCCACCCCUCCCAGUUUGGUGUCAUCUGCAAAUUUGAUCAGGAUGCCCUUGAGUCCAUCAUCCAAGUCGUUGAUAAAGAUGUUGAAUAAGACCGGGCCCAAGACAGAACCCUGUGGCACCCCACUAGUCACUCUUCUAUUGUUGUUGUUGUUUUAAAAAAAUUACAAUGUAUAUUCAUGAGGUGUCCACAGAAUGGUUUCAUAAUAAUUUUUUUAAAAAACUUAUGAACUUCUCACAAGCCUUCAAAAUUAAUCUAAGACUAUACAUGGCUCACUCUCCUUUGUAAAUUAUUAUUAUUAAUAUCUCGUGCUGUGAGAGUCUAGGGGUCCGGAAAACAAUGCGAUUAAAAUCUGAAGGUGAUGGAGAUUCGUUUAAACCAGGAACACACUCCUUGAAAUGGCCGAGAACCUUGGGAACUGUAGUUUGUUAAGGAUGCUGAGAGUUGUUAGGAGACCCCUGUUCCACUCACAGAACUACAGUUCCCAGCAUGCCCUGGGAAGAAGGCUGCCUCUCUGGGGCUGUCGCUCUGGGAGGGUUGCCCUAACCCUCUGUAUCCUCAGCAAACUACAGUUCCCGAAAUUCUUUUGGGGGGAGCCAUGACUGCCCAAAGUAGUGUUGAGGAGCUUUAAAUGCAUGGUGCGGAUCCAGACAGUCGUCUCCUGUAGCUCUGGCGCCCUGUGACACUUCUCCCAUGGAAAAUGUAGCACAAAAUCGUAAAUUGAGGUCCAGGAUCAUCGGGGGACCCGCUAUUGCGUUGCUCUCAGUGAUCCCCGUCUCCGAACUCCAAGGCACAGUCCUCUCCCCACCCUCAUUCUGAGGCUUUCUCAAAGUAAAGGAAGGAUUGAACUCUAAUUAAUAAGAAUACACACAGAGGCUUGAACCAGCAAGACUCUGGGAAGGGUGCGUAUGAUAAUCUCUCUCUGUCUGUGGUCUCUCUACCCCUCGGCCCAGGUUGUUUUAUUCACAAAAGAACUUUUUACAGAGUGUUCGUAAGAACCAAUCAGAUUUCUUCUGAGCAUUUCAACAAACCCCACAUGGGGACAAAGUUAAACUACCAAAACUAAUUAGGCACGGGGUAAACAAAGAACAGAACUACAAAGCAGAGCAUUUGGCAACGCCGGAGGUGAUAAACAAGCAAUAUACAUGAUAAAAAGGAUGGCCAGGAGGACAGCGAUCAUUAUCACCUUCAUGUGAGAUCUGUUUCCUGGCCCUAAGAUUAACAUCCUGGGAUUAACAUAUCAGAAAGGCUACUUCAAAGAAACUUGCCCACUACCUUUAUGGCCCAGGAGCCUGCCUGGCGAAGCAACUGGGCUGUGUACGUGACUGGUGAAGAAAGAGAAAUGGAACAGGGAUGCAGAGGUGUAGAUUGAUCAAAAAUCAUAUCAAAAUACAGUAGUUUAAACCCAGUCAACGCGAUGCUUUCACUGCUGACACAGAUGGCUUACUCUAUAUUUGUUAUAAUUCCUCAUAGCAAUCCCACCUGAUCACUACACCAUUCCUCCCAGCAAAGGGAACUAUAGUUUUCCGGGGCAGGCGGCGCUCGAGGGAAGCCCCUCACAACACUCUCUUCUUCCCAUACAGGCUGAGUACAGGAUCAUCGUCCAGGUGAUGAACGAGAACGACAACAAGCCGCGGUUCCAGGAGGACACCAUUUUGACGCAGAAUAUUAGCGAGGUGAGCGCCUGGCGCCCGGCCAGGACUGGAGGGCCCAGGAAGACCCCGGGCCCUUCUCCAGAACAGGGGACCUGAGAGGGGAAAUACCAAGCUUAAGGAAAUAUCUUAAGGUCCAUGAAUAACCAUAGUUUAGAGGUCCCUAAGGAAGUCAGACUAUCCUCCACCAGGGCCAGGGCCUUCUCAGUGUUGGCUCCGACCUGGUGGAAUGCUCUGUCCCAGGAGACCAGGGCCCUGCAGGAUUUAACCUCCUUCUGCAGGGCCUGUAAGACAGAGCUAUUCCGCCUGGCCUUUAAUUUGAAUUCAGCCUGAUAUUUUAUUCCCCUUCCUUCCCUCCCCCUCCCCUUCUUAUGAAGAUUACUUGCUCUGGGAUCCCACAGCUAAUUCUCCCCUGGUCUCCUCGCUGGCCCAAGUAGGACUAGCUUAGCCAGCUAGCCCUGGUGAUCAUCAAAUGUUUACUGGAUGGAUUUCCCCCCUAAACUGAUUUUUGAAUUCUGAAUUUAUUGUUAUUCACGUUUUAUAUUGUAUUUUAUGCUGCUUUUUCUUGCAUCAAUUAAGUGUUUAAAAUUUGUUGUUAGCUGCCCUGAGCCCGGUUUUCUGAAGGCUGGGGUAUAAAUAAAUUAUUAUUAUUAUUAUUAUUAUUAUUAUUAUUAUUAUCAUCAUCAUCAUCUUCCUCCAAGAAUAAGAUUCGGUUCUCUGCACACCUCUAGCCAUUUUAUCUUCCCAACAGCCAUGCAUGGCAGGUUAAACUGAGCAAUAUUAGUGACUGGCCUGAGGAUAUAGAGGGCAGAAAGAGCUUCACCCCACUCAAUAUUUUGAGGCAGGGGGCUGAGACCCUUCACCCAAUAUUGAGGGGGCCAUCAUCCCCAUCACCCCUGGGCAGGCGCAGGUGUGCCAGGUGAAGGCAAGCGGCUUAGAGGGUGAUUUUCGCCCUCUGCGGCCCCCGCCGUGAUUACCAGAGCAUCCUGGCAGGCAUGGCCCAACCGGGGGUGGGGGUGGCGGCAGAGCUUUGUGCUUGUGACAUCAUCAAUGUGCAACAGCCGCUGCCCCCCACAUGUUGGGUGCAACUUGGUGCGCCGGCCUGAGGUCACCCAGUAAAUCUUUGAUAGCGGCGUGAGGAUUUGAACCCGGGUCUCCUUGGUCCUCAAUGCACAACUUAACUGCUAAACUGCGGUGGAAAAGGCUAGUCCUGAGAAACCUGAUGUUUCCCGUUCCCAGUGGGCAGAUGAGACGUCACUGGUGCCCUUGCAUUUGAGGGUAGCCAGCCUGGGUACCGUAUUUUUCGCUCCAUAAGACGCACUUUUUUCCUCCUAAAAAGUAAGGGGAAAUGUCUGUGCAUCUUAUGGGGCAAAUGUGUGGCUCCCUUUCCAACCCCUUGCCCAGGCCUCCAUUGUUGAAUGUUCUGCGGACGGAGGCUGCUUGUUUCCCCAGUGACAUGGGGCUGGCUGAUUAGAUUAUCUGUCUGGAAACUGUAGAAACGACUCCCUUUCUUUUCCUAAAGAAGCUGCAGAACUGUGAGGUGAACCCCAUAAAAACAGGAUUUUUUCCUUUUGCAAAGUAAGCUCAACAACUUUGAGCUGAUCCUCAAAAAAGGGGCUUUUCCGCUUUGCAAAAGAAGCUGCACAACUGUGAGCUGAUCCCCACAAAAAUGGGGCUUUCCCCCUUUCCUUCUCUGAAAGCUAGGUGCGUCUUAUGGAGCGAAAAAUACGGUAUGUUUUAUCCCCAUAUCCCAGGAAGGAUGAAAGAGUCGGUAAGGAGGACUCCCCUCACUAGGCCUGACUUCCCACCUAACCCUGCUCUCCCCCCCUCAUCCCCAGCUGGCCGCCCCCCACUCCGUGAUCUUCAGCACCCAGGCGGAAGACGCCGAUGGCGACACCCUCAUGUACGUGAUCGACGGCACGUCGGUGAGUCCUCUCCCCAAGACCACCGGGAGGAGGAAGAUAAACUUUUAGUUGGGCCUGGGGAUUACUUUAAUUUUAGUAUAAAUGUUCUGGAUGUUGGGCAAUAGGGGCAGUACAGGAUUCCCUUUGGUGUACCGACCUCCCAGCUCUACCAAAGACCAGGUGUGCAGCCUGUGGGUCAUUUUGGACUCACAGCUGUCCAUGGAGGCGCAGGUCAAUUCUGUGUCCAGGGCAGCUGUCUAGCAGCUCCAUCUGGUACGCAGGAUGAGACCCUCCCUGCCUGCGGACUGUCUCGCCAGAGUGGUGCAUGCUCUGGUUAUCUCCCGCUUGGACUACUGCAAUGCGCUCUACGUGGGGCUACCUUUGAAGGUGACCCGGAAACUAUAACUAAUCCAGAAUGCGGCAGCUAGACUGGUGACUGGGAGCAGCCGCAGAGACCAUAUUAACACCUGUCUUGAAAGACCUACAUUGGCUCCCAGUACAUUUCCAAGCACAAUUCAAAGUGUUGGUGCUGACCUUUAAAGCCCUAAACGGCCUCAGCCCAGUAUACCUGAAGGAGCGUCUCCACCCCCAUCGUUCUGCCCGGACACUGAGGUCCAGCUCUGAGGGCCUUCUGGCGGUUCCCUCCCUUCGAGGUUACAGGGAACCAGGCAGAGGGCCUUCUCGGUGGUGGCACCCGCCCUGUGGAAUGCCCUCCCAUUAGAUGUCAAAGAAAUAAACAACUAUCUGACUUUUAGAAGACAUCUGAAGGCAGCCCUGUUUAGGGAAGUUUUUAAUGUUUGAUUCUUUAUUGGGUUUUUAGUAUUUAGUUGGGAGCCGCCCAGAGUGGCUGGGGAAACCCAGCCAGAUGGGCAGGAUAUGAAUAAAUAACUACUACUACUACUACUACUACUACUACAACUAUUAUAGGCAGAGCUAGAAUUUUUGCAACCCUGCAACUUGUGCCAGGUUUAUGUUCCGGGGGCAAAAUUGCACUCUGGGCAAACCCCUGGAAAUGCCUCUAUGUGACUAUCCCUGCCUUACUGGGCUGUGGGAAUCACAGAACUAUAGACUUGGAAGGGACCCUGAGGGUCAUCUAGUCCAACCCCCAGGCUAGGUCAUGCAAACCUGGGCAUGGAGAGAACUUUUUAAACCCUACCACCUUCCUCAGGGAAGGUUGCAUGAGAUCUCACUGGGCCAGUGCGAGAUGUCGGGCGGCCCCUUCUGACUGCUCCCUGCUCCGUUGUUUAUGCGUCCAUUUCCCCACCAAGCAUGCAGAGCGCAACCGUAUCAGUGAAAAGGUUUUGGGUCUCCUUCUGUCUGCUCUGGCGCCACCUGCUGUUCAGCUCCCAACCUUCCGUCCUACCAGCACCAAAUGCGUCGCCAGCAGCAAAAGAAAAGCGAAGGCGUUGGCACCUUUUUGUGCUGGAGCCUUGGCUGAGUUGGCCGGUGUCCGGGCCCUUGCUCGGCCAGAACCGUGCGGCCGCAGUGCGCCUGCCCAUCCCUCGCUGACCCCCUUUGCUCCAUGGCAACGCUGGUGUGGGCGUCGGAUUAGCCGGGGGGAACCAGGACACCUAGACCUGGCCGUGGGCGUAGAUUACGGCCAAUACCUCUGCGGGUGGAGGAAAUGGAUUUGCGGGGCAAGGGGUGAGCGGGCGGGAGAAGCGCCUUUGGAAGAGGGGACCCGGAGGGAUGCUGGGCUUGCCAGCCUCUGUGGGCAUCUGCCGUGCCAGCUGCGUGGCUACCACCCCUGCUUGAACUUCCAGGCUGACGCCAAAUAUUUCCGGAUCGACCUGCCCAACAGCGGGAGGAUCGUGCUGGGCAAAGCGCUGGAUUUCGAAACCAAGAGACACCUGGAGUUUGUGAUCCAUGCUGUGGUGAGGAGGGGAGCGGGGGCAUGGGGUGGCAUGGGGGCACCCACAAGGGCCGAAUCCUCUCUUCGCUGGUGCCCCUCGCUGCUCCCACACACCAGGAUGCCAGCCAGUGGCUGUGUUCUCAGCACCUCGUAAGAACAUGAGAAAAACCUUCCGGAUGAGGCCAAUGGCAUGCUGUUCUCACAGCGCCUAACCAGAUGCCUUUGGGGAGCAGACUUCGAACACAUUAUUCUUAUUCUUAUUAAUAUCCCACCCUGAGGCCCCAGGCUGGCUCACAAGUUUUUGAACGUUAAAAUGUUAAGACCAGUUUAAAAUAACUUGCAGUUACAGAAAUAAAAUGGGUUCUAAAAACAUAUACAGUGGUACCUCGGGUUACAGACGGUUCAGGUUACAGACUCCGCUAACCCAGAAAUAGUGCUUCAGGUUAAGAACUUUGCUUCAGGAUGAGAACAGAAAUCGGGCUCUGGGGGCGCGGCGGCAGUGGGAGGCCCCAUUAGCUAAAGUGGUGCUUCAGGUUAAGAACAGUUUCAGGUUAAGUACGGACCUCCUGAAUGAAUUAAGUACUUAACCCGAGGUACCACUGUACAGUCAUACCUCGGGUUACAGACACUUCAGGUUGGGGUUUUUUGGGUUAUGGACCGCCAAAACCCGGAAGUACUGGAAUGGGUUACUUCCGGGUUUCGGCAGUUGCGAAUGCACAGAAGUGCUAAAUUGCGCUUUGCGCAUGUGCAGAAGUGCUGAAUUGCAACCUGCGAGUGCGCAGAUGUGGCGCUGCGGGUUACGAACAUGCAUCCCGCAUGGAUCAUGUUUGCAACUUGAGCGUUCACUGUACCUGAAGGUUCAAAGGCCAGGGACAAGUGUCUUCAGCAUCCUCCAGAACCUGUGCAAUGAAGGUGCCAGACGUGCCUCUGUGGGGAGGGAGUCUCAUGGAUUAGGGGCCACCACAGAAAAGGCCCUUUCUCCCAGGCUACCAUCCUGAGCCUCUGAGGAUGGAGGAACUCUCAAGAGGUUCCUCUCUGGCGCCUGAGUCAUUUCGGGCUUUAAACAUUCACACAAGCACCUUAUGAGAACGUAAGAACGGUUUUGCUCCUGCUCUGGGAUGCAGAACCCGAACCCAUGGCUUCAAGUUACAAAAAAGUCAAUUCAGGGUAAACAUCAGGAAGAACUUUCUGACGGUAAGAGCUGUUUGUAACCAAACCAACCCCCGUGUUGCAAAGAGAACGUCAGCAAUGUCUAGGCAACACGAUGACUACGUACAUAUGUAAUAGAUCUUUAUAAAAUUCCUUCGAACCAUAACAAGUACAAAAUGAAAUCUUUAGUCUCGAAGUCUCUGGAAAUCUUCAAAUGAAGCGAGGUACCAGACUUUGUACGAUGAAAGACAAGCUGUGAAGCUUUGUGUAUUCAGCAAAUACGAUGUCCAACACUGAACAGUGAUUCCGGAUAUUGACUACUGUUUCGUAGAAUUCUUCGUCAGCAGUGACUACAUUAUUACAUGAGCACUGUUCCACAGCAUUUGAUAUUUUCAUUUACAUACAUUCAUUCGAAAUAUGAUGGGUUUAUGAAGCAAUUCUAUAUCCUCCCACUACGCUGACGAAGAAUUCUAUGAAACAGUAGUCAAUAUCCGGAAGCCUAGUAAAAGUAAAGGGACCUCUGACCAUUAGGUCCAGUCGUGACUGACUCUGGGGUUGCAGCGCUCAUCUCGCUUUAUUGGCCGAGGGAGCUGGCGUACAGCUUCUGGGUCAUGUGGCCAGCAUGACUAAGCCGCUUCUGGCGAACCAGAGCAGCGCACGGAAAUGCCGUUUACCUUCCCGCCAGAACGGUACCUAUUUAUCUACUUGCACUUUGAGGUGCUUUCGAACUGCUAGGUUGGCUGGAGCCGGGACCGAGCAACGGGAGCUCACCCCGUUGCGGGGAUUCAAACCGCCAACCUUCUGAUGGGCAAGCCCUAGACUCUGUGGUUUAACCCACAGUGCCACACGUGUCCCACAGAUCUGGGACCUCCCUUCAUUUAAAGAUUUCCAGAGACUUUGAGACUAAAGAUUUCAUUUUGUCCUUGUUAUGGUUUGAAGGAAUUCUAUAAAGAUUGUCUAUUGCGUAUGUACAUGGUCAUUGUGUUGCCUGGACAUUGCUGAUGGUAAGAGAUGUUUGGCAGUGGAGGUUUUUAAGCAGAGGUCGGGUGGCCACCUGUCCCGGAUGCUUGAGCUGAGAUUCCUGCACUGCAGGGGGUUGGAAUAGAUGACCCCUGAGGGUCCCUUUGAACUCUCUAAUUCGAUGACUCCAAGACAAGCCUUCUGGAUCAGGCCACAGCCCAUCCAGUCGGAAGCAAAAGCCGGAAGAGCAACCCACACAAAUCAGACGCCUAUGGGAAACUCGCAAACAGGAUCCGGCCGCAAUAGCCCUCUCCCUUCGUGUGGUUUCCAGCAAUUGGUAUUCAGAAGCAUUGCAACCUCGAACUGCAGAGGGAUUGUGGAAUUGUCGAGUUGGGACCCCUGAAGGUCAUCCAGCCCAACCCCGUGCGAUGCAGGAAUGAGAGCACAGCCAUUGUGAGCUUUCCCUCACCCAGUCCUCUUUUAAUGCCACUCCUGUGGCAGUGAAUUCCACAGUCUGCGCUCCACGACGAAGGAGACUUCCUUUGGUCCGCUGCCAGCCAGGCAACCACGGGGUGACCAGGGCAGCCUUCACCAAGACGGCGCCCUCGAGACGCACGUGCUGUCCUGGGCAGAGACGUCGGCCGAAACGUCUGGCGGGCACCAGGUUGGGGCAGACUGUCAGACGGUUCUCGCGUCCAACUGUGGGAAUCGCCGCUGAAACCAAAGCAACGGCAGAGAGCGAGGCUUUUCGGAGAGACCAGGAGGCUUUUCCUUGUGGGCAGCUAUUUUCAGGCACACACACACCCCCACCGCUCGCCGGCUCAUUAACAGCCGCCCGGGCCUCCCUAAGCUGGCUAAUUGGGGGUGACGUGAUCCUGUCAGCUCCCCCCCUUCAGGGCUAAUGGCUUAAAUCUCUCUCCCCUUCUUUUAAUUUCCCUAAGAGGGCUAACGUCAAGCGGCAAUUCGCUGCAUCCAGAGCCAGCCCCCAUCCCCUCGUGGCCCCAGGAAUGCCAAGAGGAGCCCCCCGCCAUCUGUACGGCUCACCCCCAAUUUGCCCAAACAGCGCGUGCCCCCUGGUUUCGCGCCAGCCCUUCUGCAUCGCCCAAACCUGCCCCACAAGGCAGAUUUGGGCUGCGCUCCAGGUGGCAAGGUGCCCAGCGCCACCGUCCCUUGCACGAGGCCCGUCCUGCUCCCACUCCCGCCUCUUCCUCCUUGCCCUUCUUGCUGGUUUGCUUCUGAGCCGGGUGCCCUUCAGGUGUGCCCUGGGGCAGCCAACCCACGGCACGUGCCCGCAGGUGCGUUAUGGGCUCUGCGGCUCAACGCCGGGGCUUCCGUGUGACGUGUUCGGAGAUCAUUUGCCGCGAUUCGUUUGCAGGAAGCUGCUUUGCUGUUCAAUGAGCAUUCGUUCUGAUUUUGUAGAAUCAGUUGGAAGGGACUCCAAGAGUCAUCUAGUCCACCUCCUUACAAUGCAGGAAUCUCAGCUAAAGCAUCCAGGACAGAUGGCCAUCCGACGUCUGUUUAAAAACCUUCAAGGAAGGAGAGUCCACCACCUCCCAAGGGAGACCGUUCCCACUGUCAAACAGCUCUUACCGUCAGAAAGUUUUUCCUGAUUCUCCCCAAAGCCACAGGUUCGAGUCCUACCACUGCAUGGUCAGAAGACCUCAGAGCUGUUUACAAAAAUUGCAUCCUGCUUUCUUUUGCUCCCAUUUUGCUUUACCAGAGUAGCUUUUUUAAAUACAGUGGUACCUCGGGUUAAGUACUUAAUGCGUUCUGGAGGUCAGUUCUUAACCUGAAACUGUUCUUAACCUGAAGCACCACUUUAGCUAAUGAGGCCUCCCACUGCUGCCGCCACGCGAUUUCUGUUCUCAUCCUGAAGCAAAGUUCUUAACCUGAGGUACUAUUUCUGGGUUAGCGGAGUCUGUAACCUGAAGUGUAUGUAACCUGAAGCAUAUGUAACCCAAGGUACCACUGUACAGUCAUACCUCGGGUUACAGACGCUUCAGGUUUCGUUUUUUUGGGUUACGGACCGCUGAAACCCGGAAGUACCAGAACAGGUUACUUCCGGGUUUUGGUGAUUGUGCAUGUGCAGAAACGCUAAAUUGCCACCCGCUCGUGCGCAGACGUGCCGCUGCGGGUUGCGAACGUGAAUACCGCACAGAUCACGUUCGCAACCUGAGCGUCCACUGUAAAUAACAAAUCAUAAUGGGUUCGCGUCCGAGCCUCCGGAACUUAGAGAUUUUCUUUUUCCACGUGACUGCCCUUAAGAUAUUGGAAAAUAGCUCUUAUAUCUCCUCUCAGUCUCUUCUUUUCCAGGCUUAAACGUACCCAGCUCCUUCAACUGUUCCUCAUCAGGCUUAGUUUCCAGACCCAUGGUCAUCUUGGCUGCCCUCCUCUGUACACAUUCCAGCUUGUCAACAUCAUUCCUAAAUUGUGGUUCUCAGAAUUAGACAUAGUAUUCCAGGUGUGGCCUGACCAAGACAGAAUAGAGCGGGACUAUGACUUCCCUUGAUCCGGACACUAAACUUCUGUUGAUGCAGCCUAGAAUAGCAUUGGCCUUUUUUGCUGCUGCAUCACACUGUGGACUCAUGUCAAGCUUGAGAUCCACUAAGACCCCUAGAUCCCUUUACCCAUGUACUGCUAGUAAGCCAGGUGUCCCCAAUUCUAUGGGGAAAGCCAGCCAGAUGGGCGGGGUACAAAUAAAUUAUUAUUAUUAUUAUUAUUAUUAGAUUGCUUUAAAAGAGGAUUAGACAAAUUCAUGGAGAAGGAGAGGGUCAUCUGUGACUACCAACCACAAUAGCUCCUGCUUUGCUUCCACCAGAAUCUGGAAGCCUCAGGGUGGGAAGAGGGGUCUUGUGUUCAGAUUCUGCUGGAGGGUUUCCUGUUGAGACAGCUGGUUGGCCCCUGUGAGAACAGGAUGCUGGACUGAAUGGGUCACUGACCUGAUCCAGCACACUCUUCUUAUGUUCUUACACUGGGGCGUUUAACCUGAGCUUUCUCUGCCCCAGGAAAUGAACACGAAGGAAAGGUACAAUUCCUCAGCCAGGAUCCACGUCAACGUGAUGGACGGAGACGACCAGUACCCCCAGUUCCUGCCGUGCAACUUCCUGUCGCACGACGGGGUCGGCGUUUGCGUCAGCCCCGUCUACACCGCCAACAUCACGGAAGGGGAGGUCAAGGUGAGCAGGGGCGUCUGGUGUUGAACAAUGUGGUGUCUGCUGUUAAAAAUGUGAUGUUAAUGGAGAAAUCUGAGGGCUCCCUUGGACAAAAAACAAGGACGCCCGCCAGGAAUACCAGAGCAAAACAGCAGCCAGUAGGCUUGGUCUUUAUUGAAGACUGUCGUGACAGGACUCCCACCUUCCUCAAGGUGGAACAAGAUGGAAGCCCCGAACAAAAGAGCCCCCAAACGUUUAUUAGCUGCUAAUCCCCAUGUUAAAAAAGGUAAAGGGACCCCUGACCAUUAGGUCCAGUCGUGACCGACUCUGGGGUUGCAGCGCUCAUCUCGCUUUAUUGGCCGAGGGAGCCGGCGUACAGCUUCCUGGUAAUGUGGCCAGCAUGACUAAGCCACUUCUGGCGAAACCAGAGCAGUGCACGGAAACGCCAUUUACCUUCCUGCCACAGCAGUACCUAUUUAUCUACUUGCACUUUGAUGUGCUUUCGAACUGCUAGGUUGGCAGGAGCAGGGACUGAGCAACGGGAGCUCACCCUGUCGCGGGGAUUCGAACCACCAACCUUCUGAUCGGCAAGCCCUAGGCUCUGUUGUUUAACCCACAGCGCCACCCGCGUUACACCCCCCCAAACUACAUCACGGUUACAUCACGGUUACAUCAUGAAAGGGGAGGUCUGGUGGCAGUAAUCUGAGCAUCCUGGACCCUGCCCCAUGAUUCUCCUUGCCCUCCACCAAACACCCAUCAAGUGUAACAAAAGAGAUAUUUACAUUUCCCUGUUUCCCAGCCAAGUUAAUCACACCCUUUUGUCUUCAUCUGGGUUUGUUAUUUCUGGAAUGGCUACCUGUCUGGCACUCAGGUAUCAGGAUGCCAGGGAUUAUCCUUCAGGCAGAGGGGCUGCUGAGUAGCUGAGCUCACAUGUCUAUAGGAAUUUCUGAAGUUUUCCCAGUGAGCCACUACACAGAGACAUUUAUCAGUGAAUUCUUACAUUUGGUAUUGUGCCGCAAAGGCCCUUUGAAUAGUUAGGAAGAAACUGUGAUGAAGUGUUUUGUGGGGAGAAAUCACAAAAGUCACAAAAGCGAUGGUGCUGGUUUUGUAGUGGGCUGCAUGUGCAUGAUAUCUGCUGGAGGGGCAACCCCCACCCCACAUAAAUUCCUGCAACAAUGUGCAGGGCAGAAACUCAAACUCGCUCCCCUGCCCAUGCAUAUUUCUCUGCCUGCUUUCCCUGAAGGUUGUUUAUCUCUUGCAGACAGAACCCCUCCAGUUCCUGCCUGGUCCCAUCCACGCUGAGGACGGAGACCGCGACCUGAAGGCUGCCAUCACCUAUUCUAUUCUCUCAGGUACUGGGGUGUGGAGUAAAUGGGGUCCGGUACACUUCCGUGGUGCCUCACGGCUUCUCUGGACCAUAGCAGAGUAGAGCACAGUGUUUGCUACUGUGUGUCAGCGUGCAGAAAACAGAGUCCGUACGCGGCUUCUUCUAAUCUUUGUUGUUGUUUAGUCGUUUAGUCAUGUCCGACUUCGUGACCCCCUGGACCAGAGCACGCCACGCUCUCCUGUCUUCCACUGCCUCCCGCAGUUUGGUCCAACUCAUGCUGGUAGCUUCGCGAACACUGUCCAACCAUCUCGUCCUCUGUCGUCCCCUUCUCCUUGUGCUCUCCAUCUUUCCCAACAUCAGGGUCUUUUCCAGGGAGUCUUCUCUUCUCAUGAGGUGGCCAAAGUAUUGGAGCCUCAGCUUCAGGAUCUGUCCUUCCAGUGAGCACUCAGGGCUGAUUUCCUUCAGAAUGGAGAGGUUUGAUCUUCUUGCAGUCCAUGGGACUCUCAAGAAUCUCCUCCAGCACUAGAAUUCAAAAGCAUCCAUUCUUCGGCGAUCAGCCUUCUUUAUGGUCCAGCUCUCACUUCCAUAGAUCACUACUGGGAAAACCAUGGCUUUAACUAUAUGGACCUUUGUUGGCAAGGUGAUGUCUCUGCUUUUUAAGAUGCUGUCUAGUUUUGUCAUUGCUUUUCUCUCAAGAAGCAGGCGUCUUUUAAUUUCAUGGCUGCUGUCCCCAUCUGCAGUGAUCAUGGAGUCCAAGAAAGUAAAAUCUCUCACUGCCUCCAUUUCUUCCCCUUCUAUUUGCCAGGAGGUGAUGGGACCAGUGGCCACGAUCUUCGGUUUUUUUGAUGUUGAGCUUCAGACCAUAUUUUGAGCUCUCCUCUUUCACCCUCAUUAAAAGGUUCUGGAAUUGCUCCUCACUUUCUGCCAUCAAGGUUGUGCCAUUUGCAUAUCUGAGAUUGUUGAUAUUUCAGUCUAGGUUUGUUAUUGCUUUUCUAAUCUAAGAAGCUUUAUUUACAGUGGCAAUAAAUCAACAUGAAUCAACAUGUUCGGGAGCGGCAGACAUUGCGGCUCCCUUCGUCUUGGUCAGAAAACGAAAGCAGACAGAACAAAGAACAGUUCCCGGAUGUGGGGACCCCCCCCCCAGUAGGCAGGACGCUGGACUCUGAGCUAUUUAACCCUGUAAGCUCUGAUUCCCCUCACAUGGGGGUCCCUGGCGACAGGGCAGUCAGAGGACAGAAGGCUGGCUCCUGGAUAAGGUAUAAGAGGGUCCAUCGAGCCCAGACCCUGUUUUUCUUCCCAUGGCCCAGCAGGUUCUAGAAUCAGGGCAUCAUAGAGUUGGAAGGGACCCGGAGAGCCAUCUAGUCUAACCCCGCACCAUGCAGGAAUCUCAGCCGAAGCAGCCAGGACAGAUGCCUUUUCUGAGAGGCUUCCGAUCAGGAGGUGAGCUUCCCCCAAGGGAGCAUUGGGCGAUGGGGGGGGUGUUGUCUGAAUGGGCACGUUCAGGUGACAUGGUGAGCCCCGUCAACAUGCAACUCCUGUGCUCACAGGUCUGAACUGGUUGCCUUAAAAAAAAAGUUGUUGCAAAACAACUUAUUCUUAAUAAAAAUUAUAAAAAUUAUUAAGGGAUAGGGAAAAAAAACUUGUUGCAUUUGUUUUUUGGUUUGUUUCUUUAUGCCCUGCCUUUUGCCCUGACGGGACUCAAGGCAGCUUACGGAUAAAAACAAGAAUUGCUAAAAACAUAGAAAAAAACAUCAUUAAAAAGGCAGCGAAACAUUGGUAGUAUUAAAAUUGUGUGUGUGUGUGUGUGUGUGUGAGAGAGAGAGAGAGAGAGAGAGAGAGACAGAGAGAACACACACACACACACACUGGUACAGCAAUUGACAAACGUCUCCAUUGAUGCACAUUUCGGUUUUCGAACGCCGUAAACCCGGAAGUAAAGGUAAAGGGACCCCUGACCAUUAGGUCCAGUUGUGGCCGACUCUGGGGUUGUGGCGCUCAUCUCGCUUUACUGGCUGAGGGAGCCGGCGUACAGCUUCCAGGUCAUGUGGCCAGCAGGACUAAGCCUCUUCUGGUGAACCAGAGCAGCGCUUCGAAACACGGUUUACCUUCCCACCGGAGUGGUACCUAUUUAUCUACUUGCACUUUGACGUGCUUUGGAACUGCUAGGUUGGCAGGAGCAGGGACCGAGCAACGGGAGCUCACCCCGUCGCAGGGAUUCGAACUGCCAACCUUCUGAUCCGCAAGCCCAAGAGGCUCAGUGGUUUAGACCACAGCGCCACCCGCGUCCCAUAAACCCAGAAGUAAAUGCUUCCAUUUUUGAACACGCCUUGGAAGUCGGAUGGCUUCCGCUGAGUGCGUAUGUUGUUUUUCUCAAUUUUCUCUAUUAAAUUUGCAGACCGCCCUUUGUGCCUUGGGUUUCAAACGUUUCGGAACUCAAACCGUCUUCCGGAACGGAUUAUGUUCGAAAACCGAGGGACCACUGUGUAUCUGUUUAAAACAAACAGGGCAGUAAAAAGCCCUUUAGCUUAAAGCAGUCAGUUUCCUAAAGGCUGUUGGAACAAGAAAAACCUUCAUCUGCCCGCAGAAGGACGGGGAGGGGAGCCAGUUGAGCUUCCAGCCAAGUCAAAGGUGUUGCGGUUUAAAUGCAAAGCCCGUAACAAAUUGGGGCAAUGAGAUCACCUGACCACCCCCCUGCACCCCCUCAACCCCUUCGCUUGGCAGAACUGGCACAUAGCUGUCAACUGUCCCUUAUUUGGUGGGAAACUCUCUUAUCGCAGCGCCAUGUCCUGCUGCUGUCCCGGAUUGAUGAUGUCCCUUAAAUUUCCCGGGUUUCAUGCUCGCCCGGCUCGGGAGGGAAGCAGCGACUCGGGGUCCUCCACCGCACAAGAGAGAGAGAGCGCACGAGCUGCCGCGUCUCCAUCUCUCCCUUUUCCCCCUCAGGGGUGCGUCGUGAGGAGACGGGUGGCAGUGGGCGGGCAGGCAGCCCCUCUCUUGCGAGACUUCUGCCACGCUGCCAGGGGAAGCUGGAGGCGGCAGCGGCGGCUGAGGAGGCGGCCUGAGGGAGGAGGAAGAGGAGGGGAUGGGGAGGGACACAGAAAGGCGGCGCUUCUACGGCUGCCGUGGCGCCGCAACCACCUCAUGCCGGGCUCGCGGGCGGCGUGGGUGAGAGUCUCUCUUCCUCCCUCCCUCUCUCUCGGGCAGGGAAGGGCCGAUGGAACUCCUUGCGCCAGGACUACGGCAGCCCCGACGUGCAUAAGCUAAGCAAAAUCCAUUAUUUUGGCUGUGGUCCCUUAUUUUCAAGGCUGCUGGUCCCUUAUUUUCAAACCUGUAAGCUGACAGCUAUGAACUGGCACGGCAACAGGUGCCAUGCAAUUCCCACUAUCCGUUGAUAAAAAAUUGGUUGUUUCGUGCAGCAGCCCCUGUCUACCCUUCGGAACUCCCCGCCAAUUGAGACUGAGCAGGCGCCUUCACUGCGCUCUUCUUGCCUGUGACCAUUCUUCUUUAGACAAGCAUGUCUUAGAAAGUCGAGUCAAAUUUCAACUUGUUUCAGGGUUUUAUUUAUUUUAUUAUUAUUUUUUAAACUUUAUUUUCUUAUUCUUUUUAAAAUCAUUUAUAUUGAUUUUCCAAUUUUAAAAAAUCCAAUUAAAUAUCCAAUCAUAAUACUUCAAUUAAAAAUAAAUAAAUAAAAUAAAAUAAAAUAAAAAAGAUCAAAUUAUAGUCCAAAUUGUAUUUAUUCAUUUCUUGAGGCUCCCCACGGUCUGGAUCUCUGGAGCAUAUCUUCACGUCUUAGUCCUGCUUCUCCUUUUUAAACGUUAUUUUCAAUGCAGAAUUACAACAUAAAAUAUAAAACAAAAGAAUACAUUCGUCAAAAAACCAAAGAAAGAAAAAAAGAACAACAACCACAAAAACGUAAACAAACAUACAUACACUUUGACUCCCUUCCAUUCUUUGGAGCCUUCAACUUUUCAUUUUAUCGUAAUCGUUGUUUGUUGUUGUUGUUUAGUCGUUUCGUCCUGUCUGACUCUUUGUGACCCCCUGGACCAGAGCACGCCAGGCACUCCUGUCUUCCACUGCCUCCCGCAGUUUGGUCAGACUCAUGCUGGUCUCUUCAAGAACACUGUCCCACCAUCUCGUCCUCUGUCGUCCCCUUCUCCUUGUGCCCUCCAUCUUUCCCAGCAUCAGGGUCUUUUCCAGGGAGUCUUCUCUUCUCAUGAGGUGGCCAAAGUAUUGGAGCCUCAGCUUCAUGAUCUGUCCUUCCAGUGAGCACUCAGGGCUGAUUUCCUUCAAAAUGGAUACGUUUGAUCUUCUUGCAGUCCAUGGGACUCUCAAGAGUCUCCUCCAGCACCAUAAUUCAAAAGCAUCAAUUCUUCGGCAAUCAGCCUUCUUUAUGGUCCAGCUCUCACUUCCAUACACUACUACUGGGAAAACCAUAGUUUUAACUAUAUGGGCCUUUGUUGGCAAGGUGAUGUCUCUGCUUUUUAAGAUGCUGUCUAGGUUUGAAUGGUUUAUAUAUAAAUAUAUAUAUAGGCAUGCAUAUAUAUGUUAUUUCUUGCUUUGUACCUUUUAUAACUAUUUCUUCAUUCCCUUGACCUUGCAAACUUCAUUCAUUGCAGACUGAUAUGUUUAUUCCAGAACAAUGUUUUUUCCCCAUAUACUCUUUAACACAGUCCCAUUAUUUUAUUAAUUAUUGAUCUGAUUGUCCUCUUAAGACUGCCGUUAACCUUGCCAAAUCUAUGUAUUCACAAAGUUUGAUUUGCCAUUCUCUUACUUUGUGUUUUAAUCUUUCACAUGCCUGGUUGUGAAUUUUCCUCGAUUUCGCUGUUUUAUCUUUUGUGAGCCGCUUAGAGGUUCCUGGCUUUAACAGCCCAGCAGUGUAUAAAUUUUAAGAAAUACCGUAUUUUUCACUCCAUAAGACGCACUUUUUUCCUCCUAAAAAGUAAGGGGAAAUGUCUGUGUAUCUUAUGGAGCGAAUGUGUGGUCGAUCGCUGGCUCCCUUUCCGGCCCCUUGCCCAGGCCUCCAUUGCUGAAUGUUCUGCGGAUGGAGGCUGCUUGUUUCCCCAGUGACAUGGGGCUUGCUGAUUAGAUUAUCUGUCUGGAAACUGUAGAAAUGGCUCCCUUUCCUUUCCUAAAGAAGGUGCAGAACUGUGAGUUGAACCCCAUAAAAACAGGAUUUUUUCCCUUUGCAAAGUAAGCUCAACAACUUUGAGCUGAUCCUCAAAAAAUUGGGGCUUUCCCCCUUUGCAAUAGAAGCUGCACAACUUUGAGCUGAGCCUCAAAAAAACGGGGCUUUCCCCUUUUCCUCCUCUAAAAACUAGGUGCGUCUUAUGGUCAGGUGCGUCUUAUGGAGCGAAAAAUACGGCAAAUGGCAAAAGCAGGGUUCUCUCAGCCAAAGCACACUGCUGAAUCUGCUCCCUCCAGCAAAUCGAGGAAGGAAGGGCAGGUUCCUUUCGGUGCUGCUUAGAUUACCUGGAUGUGGGAUCACAUGUUCAAGAUUAUUGCCAGGAUAUCUGGCAGUGAAGUAAAACUCCUCUGAUGUGCAUAUAUUGGUGAAAAUAACAAACAUAGGUGCAUAACAUUGGAAAAUUGUGUGUGUUUGUGUGUGUGCAAAAUUGCAUACUUGUAUUUAUCAGAAGUUGAGAUGAACUUUCAUGAUUUUUUAUUUUUUUUUAAAAAAAAAUUAAAUUGCUUUUUUACUGAAAAACACUCAUUUAUAAAGCAAUAAAGUGAUACAAAAAAGGGGGGGGACACACAACUGUGUAAUGGCGGAAAAUAUUACAUGAAUAUAUACAAAAAUAGCCUAACCCAUACAUUCUUUUAGAAAUUUGAUAUUCUUAUCCUAAUACAGAUGUAAAUAUUAAUAGACCGCUAUGUUUUGCAUAAAUUUAUUCCAAAUAUUGUUGUAUUUAUCCAAGGAGAGUCUACAUCCAUAAGCAGUCCCUUCGUAGGUUGCAAGUGUUAUCUUAUUAUCAAUCUACUGAUUGAAGGAGAUCGUGUCUUCAUUCUUCCAGUUCAUCAAUAUCAGCUACCAUUUGUUGUUGUUGUUUAGUUGUGUCCGACUCUUCGUGACCCCCUGGACCAGAGCACGCCAGGCCCUCCUGUCUUCCACUGCCUCCCGCAGUUUCGUCAGACUCGUGUUCGUAGCUUCGAGAACACUGUCCAACCAUCUUGUCCUCCGUCAUCCCCUUCUCCUUGUGCCCUCCAUCUUUCCCAACAUCAGGGUCUUUUCCAGGGAGUCUUCUCUUCUCAUGAGGUGGCCAAAGUCUUGGAGCCUCAGCUUCAGGAUCUGUCCUUCCAGUGAGCUCUCAGGGCUGAUUUCCUUCAGAAUGGAGAGGUUUGAUCUUCUUGCAGUCCAUGGGACUCUCAAGAGUCUUUUCCAGCACCAUGAUUCAAAAGCAUCCAUUCUUCGGCCAUCAGCCUUCUUUAUGGUCCAGCUUUCACUUCCAUACAUCACUACUGGGAAAACCAGAGCUUGAACUAGACUGACCUUUGUUGGCAAGGUGAUGUCUCUGCUUUUUCAGAUGCAUUAGAGCGCCUAAAAUCCAUUUUUGUUGUCCCAUGGUUAACUUCCAUAUAGUAGGCAUAUGGCUGGGGGUUAUUGCUGUUAUUAUUAUUAUUAAAAUAUAUCUUUAUUAAUCUAAAAUAAAUACAUUUAUGAAAAAACAGACAUACAUACAAGUAAACAAACAAACAAACAAACAAUCAAGUAACAGAAAAAUCAAACAAACCACCACAUUAUAAGAUUGUUGUUGUUGUUUAGUCGUUUAGUCGUGUCCGACUCUUCGUGACCCCAUGGACCAGAGCACGCCAGGCACUUCUGUCCUCCACUGCCUCCCGCAGUUUGAUCAAACUCAUGCUGGUAGCUUCAAGAACACGAUCCAACCAUCUCAUUCUCUGUUGUCCCCUUCUCCUUGUGCCCUCCAUCUUUCCCAACAUCAGGGUCUUUUCCAGGGAGUCUUCUCUUCUCAUGAGGUGGCCAAAGUAUUGGAGCCUCAGCUUCAGGAUCUGUCCUUCCAGUGAGCACUCAGGGCUGAUUUCCUUAAGAAUGGAGAGGUUUGAUCUUCUUGCAGUCCAUGGGACUCUCAAGAGUCUCCUCCAGCACCAUAAUUCAAAAGCAUCAAUUCUUCGGCGAUCAGCCUUCUUUAUGGUCCAGCUCUCACUUCCAUACAUCACUACUGGGAAAACCAUGGCUUUUACUAUACGGACCUUUGUUGGCAAGGUGAUGUCUCUGCUUUUUAAGAUGUUGUCUAGGUUUGCCAUCGCCUUUCUCCCAAGGAGCAGGCGUCUUUUAAUUUCGUGACUGCUGUCACCAUCUUUCAUGAUAAAAGAAAACCCUUCUUCACACCAAGUUAACCUGUGGAACUCCCUCCCACAGGAAUUAAGGAUGGCCAGGAUUAGACAAAUUCAUGGAGAAGGAGAGGACUAGCAAUGACUUAAUAGCCAGGACAGAGGCUACUCUCUUCCUUUGGGGUUGAAGGCAGCAAGGCUUCUGAAUCCCAGUUGCAGGAAACUUCAGAGGGGAGAGGGCUGUUGGGUUCGAAUCCUGCAAGGGGGGCUUCCCAGAAAAAGCAUCUGGUGGGGCAUUGCAAGGACACAGUGCCGGAUUUACGUAUAAGCUAAACAAGCUCCAGCUUAGGGCCCCACUCUCUUGGGGCCCCCCCCCCCAAAAUUAAAGGGGAUGUACUGUAUUUUUUGCUCUAUAAGACUCACUUUUUCCCUCCUAAAAAGUAAGGGGAAAUGUGUGUGCAUCUGCAGCGAAUGCAGGCUGCGCAGCUAUCCCAGAAGCCAGAACAGCAAGAGGGAUUGCUGCUUUCACUGCGCAGCAAUCCCUCUUGCUGUUCUGGCUUCUGAGAUUCAGAAUAUAUUUUUUCUUGUUUUCCUCCUCCAAAAACUAGGUGCGUCUUGUGGUCUGGUGCGUCUUAUAGAGCAAAAAAUACGGUACAUUUCUGAAAUAUAAAAUAACAAACUAAUAAAAUAAAACCCACAUACAGCAACAGUGUUUUGUGUUGUGUAGGCUGCUAUGAUGUUGUGUAAGUCAUAGGCCCCGCCUGCUCGCCUGCGCCCUAAAAUAUCCCUGGUUUGCUCCUUUCUAUAUAUAGGGUGCCCACAUUCUGCAUGGACUGGUUGCAUGGCAACAUGGGCAAAUGGCUUGAGAUGCCUAUUAGGUCCAUCAAUUACCAUAUAGCAGAUAUUCAACAAAAAAAUCAGCGACCAUUUGUUGUUGACAAAGGACAGCUGGAUGUAGAAAGGGCCCCAUUACCUUCAGUGGGACGCGGGUGGCCCCAUGGGUUAAACCACUGAGCCUCUUGGGCUUGCCUAUCAGAAGGUUGGCGGUUCAAAUCCCCGUGACGGGGUGAGCUCCCGUUGCUCGGUCCCUGCUCCUGCCAACCUAGCAGUUCGAAAGCACGUCAAAGUGCAAGUACAUAAAUAGGUACCGCUCCGGCGGGAAGGUAAACGCCGUUUCCGUGCGCUGCUCUGGUUCGCCAGAAGCGGCUUAGUCACGCCAGCUCCCUCGGCCAAUAAAGCGAGAUGAGCGCCACAACCCCAGAGUCAACCACGACUGGACCUAAUGGUCAGGGGUCCCUUUACUUUUACCUUUACAUUCUGCAUGGACUGGUUGGAUGGCAACAUGUGCAAAUGGCUUGCACAUGGCAAAUGUCCAUCAAUUACCAUAUAGCAUAUAUUAAACACAAAAAACAGUGACAAUUUGUUGUUGACAAAGGACAGCUGGACAUAGAAAGGGCCCGAUGACCUUCAAUAUCUUAGGGCCUCAUCAAACCUAAAUCCAGCCCUGCAAGGACAGGAUAAAUGACCACAUGCCAUGGAUCAUGGGGAGGCAACCUAAGGCCUGGGGGCUGGAUCCGGCCCAAUCGCCUUCUCAAUCCGUCCCACGGACGGUCCGGGAAUCAUCAUGUUUUUACCUGAGUAGAAUGUGUUCUUUUAUUUCAAAUGCAUCUCUGGGUUAUUUGUGGGGCAUAGCAAUUCAUUCAUUUUUUUAUAGUCCGGCCCCCCACAAGGUCUGAGGGACAGUGGACCGGCCCCCUGCUGAAAAAGUUUGCUGACCCCAGCCAUGGAUGCUUUAGCUGAGAUUCCUGCAGAAUCUCAGAAUUCCACCAUACUCUUUUUCACAAAUGAGUACAGAGAUGUGAGGAACCGAAAGUAAGAUCGGGUCAAUUUAUAUAUUUUUAUGGCCCGCUUUAUUUUUUCAUGGUUUUUGAGAUGUUUCGAACCGUUUCUAAUAAUGCACUUUAAUUGCUGUGACCCGCCCGGGGGGAGGGGAUAGCAAUAAAUGGCCGGUUCACCCGCUCCAACACGCAGUCGGAUUCUGCAAAACUGUGUCACCCACAGAGCGCCGGCUGAGCAAUCCAAUUGCCUGGCCCAAUGGCUGUUCAGGGAGCAAAUUGGAUGGAAGGUGCUGGAAGCAGGUGCUGGCGGUUGGAGGUGGCGGGGGGGGGAUUCGAAUCCCUCCCCCCGAUGCAAUUGGGAGGGUUAUUAAACAGUUUAAGCUGGGCUGGGAUUAUGUGGCAGGUGGACCUAGUGGGCGGGGGUGGGGAGAAAAAUCUUGAGGGACCUCUCUCUGCAAUAUUCAGAGAUGCACAAAUUUCAAAGGUAGCAGUUUCUGAAGUGCAAACUAGGUCGUUUCUCCUUUUUUUGGUCAAAUCUAUUUUCUAUUAAGUUUUACAUUGCAAAUUAAAAUCUGCAGAAGUCUGCAUGCACACGAAAGCUCGUACCACUAACUAACUUAGCUGGUCUCUAAUGUGCUACUGGAAGGAAUUUUUUAAUUUUUAAUUUUAAUUUUAUUUGUUUUGUUUUGUUUCGACUACGGCAGACCAACACGGCUACCUACCUGCAACUACAAUCCAAACGUUAAACAUCAGCACCAUCAUUUAGGAUUCCCUGAAUACUUUGACUCCCUUCCACCUUUCCAUGGUUUCCAUUAUCAAUCUUUUCUCAACUGCUUACCUUAUUUUCUCUCUUUUUUAAAAAAAACCCGGUCCAUUUUAAGUACAUUUUUUUAAAGUACAUUACAAGCAUUACUCAAAUCCUGCCAAAGUUUUUGGUUGUUUACAGCGUUCUCUUAAAUACGUUAUCAGUUUCUCCCAUUCCUUCUUAAAGUUCUUCUCUUCCUGGUUUUCCCGGUCAAUUUCGUCAUUUCGGGAUCAUCUUCAUCUCUGGUCAUCUUCUUUCCAUCUCUGGGCCAGUAGUGUCCACGCUGCUGUCAUUGUACACAUAAAUACAGUGGUAUCUUAUUUCUCAAAUGCCUUGGUACUCAAACAACUUGGAACCCAAACACUGCAAACCUGGAAAUAAGUGUUCCAGUUUGUGAACUUUUUCGGAAGCCGAACAUACUCCGUCUGGAGUGUUGUGCUUCUGUUUUGAGUGCCACACUUCCGUUUUGAGCGUUAUGCUGAGGUCUGUCUGUUUUUUCUAUUUAUUUUGCGUUUUUGUUUUUGCGGCUCUUUUUUGUUUUGUUUUCGUGCCUGUGUGGAACCCAGUUCAGCUCCUGACGGAUUGUGUGACUGCAGUACAUUGUUUAUUGCCUUCAUUUUAUGGAUCAACGGUCUCGUUAGAUAGUAAAAUCCACGUUAAAUUACUGUUUUAGGGGUUGCUUUUAAAAGUCUGGUACAGAUUAAUCCAUUUUGCAUUACUUUCUAUGGGAAAGCACGCCUUGGGUUUGGAACGCUUUGGUUUUGGAACGGACUUCCGGAACGGAUUAAGUUUGAGAACCAAGGGACCACUGCAAAUGGUAAAACUGCAGGUAGCUUUUAAGCAACAUUGCGCAGGGACUGCCAAGCUCAGCCUUGGUUCCCCAGCCAGGAGGCACACGCCUGGUUUUGGAAUGUUAUUAAAUAUACCAAGAAAAAAGCACACCAAGAACUCUGGCCAAUGUAAGUUUCAAUAGUGGGAGUGGUCCCUACUCACAAUUCAAUAGUCAGUAGUAACAACAACUAAUCCAUUCAAAAGUAUGUAUUCUAAUAAAGAUUACAAACUCUAACAGAGAUUACAAACCCAAACUCAAAGAGAUAUUUAUAACACAAUAAUUCGUUACAAAGAUUUUCUCUUUUUCACUCGACAAUAAUGUUGAUCCUUAUAAUUUAUCAGCUUGCAGAUGGAGACUCAGUUUCAAUCAUAGCGCAGAAGUCAGAAGUCUAUUAUGGACUGGAAACCAGAACAGGGCCCUGUAUUCACCUUCAUCAGCUAAUUUUUAAGUUUGGAGUUUGUAAGUUUGAAGACUUUUGGAUAAAUAUAUCCUGUUCUUUUCUACGUUUCUCAAGGAUAACACUACGUGUGGGUAGAUCAACGUGUAUCCUGAGCUUUUCUGUGCACCUAAGAUUCCUAAUGGGAAAGCCUCUGGUUUCAAACUAGGUCAUUUCUCACCAAAACGGCAAAAAAAUAUGAAUUUCUCCCCCGGAUGCAACAGAGAUCAGGUGUUCCUCUGCCAUGGAUGCUUCAGUUGAGAUUCUGGUAUUGCACGGGUUUGACAACAUGGCUUUAGGAGGUUGCUUCCAAAUCUAGUAUCUUAUGAUUCAAUGGUCCCUAACUUAACACUGCCUCCCCUUCCUUUCAGGUACGGACCAUGGCUACUUCCACAUGGACAACGUCACGGGCGCCAUCACCAUGCUGCGGCCGGUGGAGAGCAGGAUUCAAACUCCAGUCUACAGCCUCAGUGUCAUGGUAGGCCCCUGCAGCUGAGAGAAAAGUCAUGGGUCCCUUUGGCUUCUUCGCAUCCGGGGCUGGAGGGGGAAAUUGAGGUUCUCAACUCCCAGCCUCAGCCCCCAAUCCUGCUGUGAUUUAUUUCGUUUAUUUUUAUGUCACAGGUAUUUUUUUAACACUGCUUAAUUUUGGGUUCCGAAUUGCUUUGAGUUGCCUUUGGCAAGAAAAAGCGGCGAAUCAAUUUAACCAAUCGAUCGAUCAAUCAAUCAAUCAAUCAAUCAAUCGUCACCAAAGCCCCUAAGCCUAAAACACACAUCCCAGUUCCUGUUAAAAUGAGACGUUAGAAACCAGUUAGCCAGAUUUUUCCCCCCCAAAAGGAGCUGCUGAAAAUAUAAAUAUACAUAAUAAAAAUUAAACUGCGUGUUGUGAUAAUACAUGCCAGAUCUGGUUACACGUCUAGGUGGGCUUGCUUAAACAAAGAAAAUAAUAAUAAUACCAUAUUGGUCCGAAUAUAAGCCGCACCUGCAAAUAAGCCACACCUUUAAAAUGGAAAGGGGGGCAGAGAAAAAAACGACAAUACCUGAGCUGUGAAUAUAAACCGCACUUUAACUUUUCAUGGUUGGAAAUUGGAAAAAAGUGGGGCUUACAUUCAGGCCAAUACGGUAAUAAUAAUAAUAAUAAUAAUAAUUUUUAUUUAUAUGCCACCCACCUGACUGGGCUGCCCCAGUCCCUCUGGCCGGCUUCCAACAAAUUAUAAAACCACAGUAAAACAGCAAACAUUAAAAACUUCCCCGUAUGCCAAGGACUCCAGUCUUGCCUGGUGUCAAUGGGCAGGGAAUUCCAAAGGUGCAGCUUCUCUUUGCUUUAUUUCUGCCUUCCGGUCUCCGGUCAUCCUGCUCGCCCCACGAAUUUUGCACCGCCGAGGAUCAGAAAGAACGGCAUGCACACGCCCCCCCCCCCCGAAAAAGCUUGCCCAUUAAUUGAUUAAUUGAAAACCAGUCAAACAUAAAAGGGAAUAAUUAACGGAAGGUCUUUUUAUUUAUUUAUUUAUUAAAAUUUUAUUGAACAUAAUUAUUACAAAAUACAUACAUACGGGUGAAACUCGGAAAAUUAGAAUAUCGUGGAAAAGUUCAUUUAUUUCAGUAAUUCAACUGAAAAGGAGAAACUAAUAUAUGGGAGAUAUGUCAAGCCUUAAUUUGUUAUAAUUGUGAUGAUCAUGGCGUACAGCUGAUGAAAACCCCAAAUUAACCAUCUCAGAAAAUUAGAAUAUUAAAUGAAAUCAGCAAAACAAGGACUGCAAAUAGAGCAAUAUUGGACCUCUGAGAAGUAGAAGCAUGCACAUGUACUCAGUACUUGGUUUGGGCCUCUUUUACAUCAAUUACUGCCUCAAUGCGGCGUGGCAUGGAUGCUAUCAGCUUGUGGCACUGCUGGGGUGUUAUGGAAGACCAGGACGCUUCAAUAGCAGCCUUCAGCUCUUCUGCAUUGCUCGGUCUCAUGUCUCUCAUCUUUCUCUUGGCAAUGCCCCAUAGAUUCUCUAUGGGGGUCAGGUCAGGCAAGUUUGCUGGCCGAUCAAACACAGUAAUCCCAUGGGCACUGAACCAGGUUUUGGUACUUUUGGCAGUGUGGGCAGGUGCCAAAGUCCUGCUGGAAAAUGAAGUCAGCAUCCCCAUAAAGCUCAUCUGCGGAAGGAAGCAUGGAGUGCUCCAAAAUCUCCUGGUAGACAGCUGCGUUGACCCUGGACUCAGUGAAGCAGAGUGGACCAACACCACUGACAUGGCUCCCCAAAUCUCUUUUCUGAUGAAAGCAGCUUUUGCAUCUCAUUUGGAAACCAAGGACCCAGAGUCUGGAGGAAGAACGGGGAGGCACACAAUGCCCGAUGCUUGACGUCCAGUGUGAAGUUUCCACAGUCUGUGUUGAUUUGGGGAGCCAUGUCAUCAGCUGGUGUUGGUCCACUGUGUUUCAUAAAAGAACUUUUCCAUGAUAUUCUAAUUUCCCAAGUUUCACCUGUACACAUAUUUUUCAGAUAAGCACACAUAUAUAAAAAAGAACAAUAAAAGGAAGAAAAGACAAAAGAAAAAGAAAAAAUAAGAAGAAAAAUUGGAAGAAUUUCUUCCAAAUUUAUUCUACAAAUACAGUGGUGCCCCGCAAGACGAAUGCCUCGCAAGACGGAAAACCCGCUAGACGAAAGGGUUUUCCGUUUUUGAGUUGCUUCGCAGGACGAAUUUCCCUAUGGGCUUGCUUCGCAAGACGAAAAUGUCUUGCGAGUCUUGAGAUUUUUUUUCCGCUUCCCCCCCCUUUAUCUAAGCCGCUAAGCCUUUAAUAGCCUUUUAGCAGCUAAGCCGAUAAGCCUUUAAUAGCCACUAAACCGCUAAUAGCGCUAAUCUGUUAAGCCGCUAAUAGGGUUGCUUCGCAAGACGAAAAAACUGCUAGACGAAGACACUCGCGGAACGGAUUAAUUUCGUCUUGCGAGGCACCACUGUAUCUCAAUAAUAAAAUUUCAUUGAUUGACUUCCAUCACUUACACUGCACACAUACAAAUUUGCUUAAAAUGUAUAUAGGAAGUGCAAAGAGAAAGCCAGGAACCAGCAAGGCUGGAUUCAACCCUGCCUUGCGACCGAAUUCUGCUGCUCGCUGCUCACAUUUCUGCUGCAAACUGCCUUCUCUCUCUCCCUCCUACCUGCUGCCCGCCUCUCUCUCCCAGGCCUCUCAGGUGAAUGACGCCAAGAAGUACGCCGUGACCGAGGUCCGCGUGCGAAUCCUGGCAGCCAACAGCCACGCGCCGCACUUUGAGAAGUCCCUGCACCAGGCCUUCGUCCACGAAGGCGAGAGCACGGCCUCUCUGGUCCUGACGUACGGCAGGAGGGUCCUCUUCGUCCUGGCCACCGACAUGGACUUCCCGGACGUGAGUCACCUGGCGCUGGUUUGGGUGGGGCAGCCCAGAAAGGGUGGCAUGGCGGGGAAUCCUUGAAUCACAGUUGGAAGGGACCCUGAGGGUCAUCUAGUCCAACCCCCUGCAAUGCGGGAAUCUCAACCGGAAGGCAUGCAGGAGGCCCCUGGCCCCACCCACAGCAGCAUCUCCUGGGGACGGGUGCAAAGGAAUCGCGCCCGUCUUGAAACCCUAGAUAGAUGCUGCCAGCCAGUGUGGGCAGUGCUAAGCCAAAGGGGCCAAUGGGCUGGCUCAGUACAGUUGGUUCUUGAACAUAAUAAGAAAAGGGAAAAGUUGACAGCUAUGACUCCCAAAACCGUUCGAAAAGUAAUGCACGGCUUCCAAUUGGCUGUAGGAGCUUCCUGCACUCUAGCAGAAGCCGUGUUGGACGACACUCUGGGCAGCUUUCAACAAAGAUUAAAAAUACAUUAAAAUGCCACACAUAAAAAAACUUCCAUAAACAGGGCUGCCUUCAGAUGUCUUUUAAAAGUAAAAUAGUUGUUUAUUUUCUUGACAUAUGGUGGGAGGGUGUUCCACAGGGCAGGCGCCACCACCAAGAAGGCCCUCUGCCUGGUUCCCUAUAACUUGGCUUCUCACAGUUAGGGAACUGCCAGAAGGCCCUCGGAGCUGGAUCUCAGUGUCUGGGCUGGACGAUGGGAAUGGAGAUGCUCCUUCAGGUCUACUGGUCCGAGUAUAUCCUAUAGCGCCUCAGGCCAGCCCCCCCUCUCUGGGCGCAUAGCAGCAUGGGAGCCAGACCCUCUCACCUCCCCACUCAGAUUUGCCCCCACUGACCGGCAGUGGCUCUAGGGGAUUUCAGCCAAGGGAUCUUUCCAUCCCUAUUUCGGGGGUGGGGGGGCGGGGAACCUUCAUGCUGAUGCUCUAUGCGCCGAGAUGCACACCGUAGCAUUUCUAACACUACUUGAACGCAAAAUUGUAGGCUGUAUACAACUCCGAAAAGGCCCAAACAUAGUAGGACUUUUUGGGGUUUUACAACCAAUUGCUGAUGGAAUUAAACUAUUUAUUAAAGAACCCAUUUGCCCAACAUAUGCAUCCCCCAUAUUAUUUAUUUUAGCACCAACCUUAGCCCUUUUACUAGCCCUCAUAAUAUGAACUCCUAUACCAAUAGCGCACCCCCUAGCAGACAUAAACGUAGGCCUCCUAUUCCUUCUCGCCCUCUCAAGUAUAAUAGUCUAUACAAUUUUAUUUCCGGAUGAGCAUGUAACACAAAAUACGCCCUAAUAGGAGCCCUACGAGCUAUCGCACAAACAAUCUCCUACAAAGUCACCCUAGGCAUCAUUCUACUUUCAAUUAUUAUAUUAACUGGCACCUUCACAAUACACACCCUAAUUAUUACACAAGAACAUAUAUGACUAAUUUUACCUACCUGACCUCCUGCCAUAAUAUGAUAUGUAUCAACUCUAGCAGAAACAAAUCAAGCACCAUUUGAUCUAACAGAAGGAGAAUCUGAACUCGUCUCAGGUUUUAAUAUAGAAUACGCAGCAGGGCCCUUCGCAGUAUUCUUCCUAGCUGAGUGCGAAUUGUAAUUUUUAAUUUUGCGACUUCCCAUAGUCUGAACCAAGAAGCAUGUCCAAAUCUCAGUCCUGCCUCUCGUCAAUAUUUCCACAUCUCAAUUUUAUCUCUCCCUUUCUCCCCAGGGCUUCAACCCUGCGGUGCGGUAUAGCCUCAGGCGCCAGUCCAACCACACGCAGCUCUUCCAGGUCACCCCCGGCGGACUCCUCAUCGCCCGCGCCGACCACCUGAGUGCUCUCCAGCGAUACGCCUUACAGGUUUGAGCCGAGCCCUUCCCCGCCCCCCAGCGACCAGCCGGGGGUCGCUCUCCUCCACUGUGCGGGAACAGUGGGAAACUAGCUCCCGGUGGGUCCGGUUGGGUGGAAGCCAGGGAGUUCAACAGCAGGUGGCGCCAGAGCCGAAAGCAGGAAUCACAGCGUGAUCAGGGCCUUGCAGAGCCAGGCAGAGGCCCGGGCCAGGUAGAUAAUGUGCCCCCCCCUUUUAUUACCCUGGGGAUAACUGAAGUCUUAUAAAUAAGAACCGUAGAUUCCGGCGUAUAAGAUGACUUUUUAACCCCGGGAAAUCCUCUAAAAAGUCGGGGGUCGUCUUAUACGCCGGGUAUGGGUUCGCCAGGCAGCGGUAGUGGGCGUCGGGUCCCACACUGGGAGGAAGCUGGGUGGCUACAUCCCGGUGUGGAGAGGAGCCCACCGCCCACUGCCGCUGCCCAGCGAAGCUGCUGCGUAUUAGGCGACUGGGAGUAUAAGUCAACCCCCCAAAUUGGCAGCUGCCAAUUUGGGGGGUCGUCUUAUACGCCCAGUCGCCUAAUACGCCGGAAUCUACGUUAAGUAUAUAAAUAAUUUUCACAAAAGUUAUGCUGGCAAAUACCGUAUUUUUCGCUCUAUAAGAUGCACCAAGUUUUUGGAAGAGAACAAGGAAAAAAAAAUUCUGAAUCCCAUAAGCCAGGACAGCAAGUGGGAUCACUGCGCAGUGAUCCCGCUUGCUGUCCUGGCUUAUGGGAUAGCUGCGCGCAGCCUUUUCCAGCCAGGCAAGGGGAGCCUUCAUUCCCUGCCCGGGAGAGGCUACAUGCAGCUAAGGCUCCCCCAAGAGCCGCGCUCCCUUUAAAGAGUGCACGGAGUGUGUGUGGGGGGCUCUUGGGGGCUGUUCCCUCCUUGGGGGCUGUCCCCCCAACACGCUCCAUGUGGCUCUUCAAAGGGAGCGCUGAGCAGAGCCUCCCGCCUGCGUUCUUCCCAUAAGACGCACACACAUUUCCCCUUACUUUUUAGGAGGGGGAAAGUGCGUCUUAUAGAGCGAAAAAUACGGUAAUUUUAUUUCAAGCCUUGAACCGUAUCUGCAUAUAAAGACAAAAUGGAAACUAUAGAUAUACAAUAGUGCUUUAUAAAAAUACAUAGGGAAUGUAUGCUGACUGAGGCCCCCUUGGAAUCGGAGGCCCGGGCCAAGUGACCCAUAUGGCCCCCCCUCUGUCUGGGCCUGAGUGUGAGAAUCCCUGGCAGGCAGCCCUCUGCUCAAAAACUCCCCAGGAAGGAGAGUCCGCCACCUACCGAGGGAGACUGUUUCACUCCCAAAAUACUCUUGGCGCUCACCUGUGUGCUCCUGGCGAUGCUCACCUCUUGUUCCUCCUUUAGAUCCUUGCGCGAGAUGAGGAGUCGGGUGAGACUGCCAACACCACGGUCAACGUGGAGGUGCUGAGUCCUGGCCAGGCAGGUAUGCCAGGGCAGGUGACUGGGCAGGUGGGCGACUGGGUAGGCGGGCUCCUUCUCUGCACAUGGCCUCUCAGCUAUCCAUGAAGGGACAUGCGCCCAAUGCGUUGCUGAAGGCUGGCAGUACAUAGCAAUAGGCCCUUAUUCCCUUACAGUCAGGCACAGGCAAACUCAGCUCUCCAGAUGUUUUGGGACUACAACUCCCAUCAUCCCUAGUGAACAGGAUCAGUGGUCAGGGAUGAUGGGAAUUGUAGUCCCAAACAUCUAGAGGGCCGGAGGUUGCCUAUGCCUGUGUUACUCACCACAAUUGCCUCAUUAUGUAAAUCAUGUUCAGAAUACCACAACACACAUGUAACUGGCUGUAAAGUAACACUGGUAAAGGUAAAGGGACCCCUGACCAUUAGGUCCAGUCGUGGCCGACUCUGGGGUUGCGGCGCUCAUCUCGCUUUACUGGCUGAGGGAGCCAGCGUACAGCUUCCAGGUCAUGUGGCCAGCAUGACUAAGCUGCUUCUGGCGAACCAGAGCAGCGCACGGAAACACCGUUUACCUUCCCACCGGAGUAGUACCUAUUUAUCUACUUGCACUUUUGACGUGCUUUCGAACUGCUAGGUUGGCAGGAGCUGAGACCAAGCAACGGGAGCUCACCCUGUUGUGGGGAUUCGAACUGCUGACCUGAUUGGCAAGUCCUAGGCUCUGUGGUUUAACCCACAGCGCCAACAGCGUCCCUUUGUAGGUGCAGCCAUUGCGGAGGUGCUGGGUGGCUCUGUGGUUUAACCCACAGCACAACCGUGUCCCAAAAGUCCAAGGAUAGUCAAGUCCAAAGAUUGGUGGUACCUCGGUUUUCGAAUGUAAUCCAUUCUGGAAGACCAUUCGACUUCCGAAAUGUUCGGAAACCGAGGGGCAAAGGGCGAUCUGCCAGUUCAAUAGAGAGAAUUGUGGAAAAAAACAGAUACACACCGCGGAAGCAGUUUGACUUCUAAGGCGCGUUCGAAAACAGAAGCAUUCACUUCCGGGGGUUUUGGCUUUCGAAAACUGAAAUGUUCAGCAACGGAGACAUCCGAAAAUCGAGGUGCCACUGUAUUAUCUAACCCUAGGGUUCCCGAACUUUGGGGGGGGCACGGCCCCGUUGGCUUCCCAAACUCAUCGCCAGUGCCCCCUACCCUACAAAGAAGCACUAUUCAAAAUAGCCAUUUGCAUGACACAUUGAAGAAUGAGAACAAUACAAUUCUAAAUGAAUUGUGCCUUUAUUCUAAACCCAAUCGAAACUCCUUGGUUUAAUUAAUUCCAUGAAAUCGCUAAACUUGCUCCAGCAAUUCCAGCUUUUCGCUGCCAUAAAGUCGAUGGCUAAAACUCGCCUACCUUCCGGGAUUGUGGUAAGGAUCUAUGCCAAAAUGGCAAAAACGACCGAAAUAAUCUGAAAUCAGGAAGGCCAGAAUUUUAAUAAGGAAUGGGGGAAAUUUAUAAUUUAUCUUAAAAAUCAUUGUAAACAGUUUAGAAUCGUUAGUAGGACUGGCAUAACACUAGUAGUUUAAUGGUGAAUUUUGGAUAAGAUGGAGAUGUAAAAGUUUUGGGUUGUUAUAAAAGACGCAGGAGGAAAUGAUUAAUAGUAGGACCCACAAAGGGGAGAAUGGAAGUCCAGGAGAUUCUUUGGAAUCUUGAUUUUAUGAUGUAGGUUGGAUAUGUGAGUGUAAAACGUUAAUUUGAAAAACCAAAUAAAUAAAUAUUUUUUUUAAAAAAAGGAUUGUUGUGAGGAUCACUGACAACACGUCAAUAAGGCCCUUUGAACAAUCAGUGCUUUGUAAAUAUAAGCGGUGGUCUUGCUGUUGUUAGAUAGGAAUCUGAUGGGCGCAGGGCCAGUGGUGAAGGAAGGUGUGUGUGUGUUUGUGUGUGUGGUCCGCCCCAGGUGUCACCACUGAGGGAGGUGACAAAACAACAAAAAUAUGAAUUUUUAAAAAAUAAAAAAUUGGGCUCACAAAACUUGUUAGUUAAGUCCACAAACAUUGCGUGGUGAGUUCCUGCCCCUCCCCAGUGUAAAUAAAGACACAUGACACAAUUAUUAAGGUUAAUGGGCUAAAUAAGGCCACAACUUUAUUGGUUACAGGUGAUGAGCGGUAUUGGCUUAGGCAUUGGUCCUAACCCACUAUAUCCGACUUCAGCCCGUCCGCUUGAAGUCUGGGAAGGGUGAACCACCAGUAGGGGGAGUCCUGCUGAUGCACAUCAACCAGGAACUCCCCCGGGGUCACCGUUAGGGGGCGUGCCUUAGGCCCUCACCUCCCCAGGCUUCGGACAGGGCCACGGCCCCCGUAAUCCUUUACUGGACUACCCUUCAAUAUGCGGGGCAGGUGAUGGCGCUUCCUCCCCUCUUCCACCUACAGAGCAAUACCAAUGCCUAACCGCCAAUACCCAGAAAGUUGUGACGAUUUGCUACGAGGUAGGCAAAAACCAAGUGGCUGGUGCCAAUUUGCCAAGUGGAAAAAUUCCUACCAGGCCCCUCAACGGCGACCAACCAAGGUCCAUAGCAAGGUCAAGGAAGGAAAACCUUAUAGGGCGGGAAGGUGGGAAAAACAGGAGCAGCUGGCAGGCGAGGAAAGAGGGAGAUCCCCAGCCGCAUCCUGCCUUAAAUAGGGCAGGCCACACCCCCAGAGCCAGCCGAUUGGCUGGCCAGGGGAUGACGCGGCCAGGAAUCCCCCCAAUCGCGCCGGGCUGGGCUCCAGCCGCCGUGCACAUGGUGGGGUCGUGAAGCCCACAACCCCAUCUCCUUCAAGUGGCUUAACAAAACGCGGCUGGCCCUGGGCGCCACCCCGGGGCGGCUGGCGCUUCCUGCGGGGCCUGCGUGGGACUUGAGUCUGCCCUGCGCCUCUCCCUCAGCUGCCCUACAGCUGAGGGGGAUUCGGCGGAGAGGCUCCAUGCAGUGGCCCCCGCCCCAAUCAGUGACUAGCUAGCCACCGGCUGCGGGACGUGCGCACCACACCCGGCACCUGAGCGGAUAGCCACCGUAUUUUUCGCUCUAUAAGAUGCACUUUCCCCCUCCUAAAAGGAAGGGGAAAUGUGUGUGUGUCUUAUGGAGCGAAUGCAGGCUGCGCAGCUUUUGCUGAAGCCAGGAGAGCAAGAGGGAUCAGUGUGCACCGAUCCCUCUUGCUCUCCUGGCUUCAGGGAUAGCCGCCGAAGCCUCCUGAGUGCAGUGGGAGCACUUCCGCUGUGCUCCGUAGGCUUCGCGUUGCUUUCGCUGAAGCCAGGAGAGCAAGAGGGAUUGGUGCGCACUGAUACCUCUUGCUCUCCUGGCUUCGCUUUGCUGGAGAGGCGCUGAGCACAGAGGGAGAGAAUAUUUCGUUUCUUGUUCUCCUCCUCUAAAACUACCGUAUUUUUCGCUCUAUAGGACGCACUUUUUCCCUCCUGAAAAGCAAGGGGAAAUGUGUGUGCGUCCUAUGGAGCGAAUGCAGGGGGGAGGCAGGCGGGAAAAGCCCCCAAGAACCGCACACUAGCUCCGUGCGGCUCUUGCGGGCUUUUCCCCAGGAGGGAGAAGGGACUGACUGGCUGCAUCAGUCCCUUCUCCCACCUCGUAGAAAAGCCCACAGGAGCGACACACCCUUUAAAGAGCGCACAGCUUCUGCGGGCUUCUGCGGGAGAUGGGGGAAUUCCCCCACCUCCCGCAAAAGCAGGGAGAAGGUCUGGGAGAAGCGCACAGGCUGCGUGCAGCCUGUCCGCUGCUCCCAGAGCUGGGGGGGGGAUCAUACUUUCCCCCUUGAUUUCCCCCUCUGAAAACUAGGUGCGCCCUAUGGUCAGGUGCGCCCUAUGGAGCGAAAAAUAUGGUAGGUGCGUCUUAUAGAGCGAAAAAUACAGUAUGUCGCUGCGCAAGACCCCUGCAGCCCUUAGCUCUCUCUGCACUGCUUAUUGCAACUCAGAGUGAGACCCAAUGCUCUUUUCCUCUCGCCCCCACCCUCUCCGCUUCCUGCUCAGUCCCCCUGGAUCCUCUUGAAGCCGGGCACCAGGGCACGAUGGACGCCGGGAUCCUGGCAGGCGGCCUGGGGGCGCUGCUCCUGGUGACGGCCAUCAUCCUCUUCCUCAUCCUGCGGGCCAUGAAGAAGAGGCAGCGGCGCCAGCAGAACAUGGAGAGAGCGGCUUUGGCUAUGGAGAAGCACCCCAAUGUGGUAAGCGGGAAGGGUGCACAUUGAUGUGCAAGCUCCAAAGAGCGGGCGCCACGGGAGAAGCACCUUGUCUGGAGCCGUCAAGGGGAAACUCCAGCUAAGGCGUUUGAUGCUCAACGACAGCCCAGCCACAUCGCCUAAGCAGGGCUGGGAAUGUCCCCCAGUCUGAAAUCACUGCAAGAGCCACAUACACAAUCCCAGUCAGUUUGGACAGCACCGGGCGAGAGGGAGCAAGGGGUCUGACCUGGGCUGGAUCUACAUGGAUCUGUAAAAACGUUAUUAAAUAUAACAAUAUAUAACUGUGCAUUUUUCCAUUGAUGAUGACUUUUAGAAGACAUCUGAAGGCAGUCCUGUUUAGGGAAGCUUUUAAUGUUUAAUAGACUAUUGUAUUUUAAUAUUCUGUUGGAAGCCACCCAGAGUGGCUGAGGAAACCCAGCCAGAUGGGCGCAGUAUAAUUAAUAAAUUAUAUUAUUAUUAUUAUUAUUAUUUAUACCCCACCCAUCUGGCUGAGUUUCCUCAGCCACUCUGGGCAGCUCCCAACAGAAUAUUAAAAACACAAUAGAAGGUCAAGCAUUAAAAACUUCUCUAAACAGGGCUGCUUUCAGGUGUCUUCUAAAAGUCAGAUAGUUGUUUAUUUCCUUGACAUCUGACGGGAGGGCGUUCCACAGGACGGGGGCCACCACCAAGAAGGCCCUCUGCCUGGUUCCCUCUAACCUCACUUCUCCCAGGGAGGGAACCACCAGAAGGCCCUCGGAGCUGGACCUCAAUGUCCGGGCAGAACGAUGGAGGUGGAGACGCUCCUUCAGGUCUACUGAACCGAGGCUGUUUAGGGCUUUCAAAGGCCAGCACAACACUUUGAAUUGUGCUUGGAAACAUACUGGGGCCAAUGUAGGUCUUUCAAGACCGGUGUUAUGUGGUCUCGGCGGCCACUCCCAGUCACCAGUCUAGCUUCCGCAUUCUGGAUUAGUUGUAGUUUCUGGGUCACCUUCAAAGGUAGCCCCACGUAGAGCGCAUUGCAGUAGUCCAAGCGGGAGAUAACCUCCAUGAACUCAUCUAAUCCUCUUUGAAAGCCACCCAGAUUGGUGGCCUUUGCUGCCUCCUGUGGCUGUGAGUUCCAUAGUUUAACGAUGCGUUGUGUGAAGAAGGACUUCCCUUUAUCUCUCCUGACUGCUCAGAGAGACCCCCCUCCCCAAAUAUUGAGCCUGCCUUUCUCAGAAAAAGGGUUUCCGCUGUCUCUAGAUGCUCACAACACCCCCUUGCCUUUUCCUUCUGCUUUUCUCCUCUCUGCUCCUGGACUGCCUUCAACCAUCCUCAGCUUUUCCCACCCUUACCUGGCCUUUUGACAGUGGCCCCCCACCCCAGCCUGACAUGAACACCUCCCCGUUUCCAGGGAUGCUCUGGCCUCUUAGAUGUAGCUGGACUCCAGCUCACACCAGCCUGGCCAAUGGUCAGGGGAGGGUCAUCGAGUUGGAAGGGUGACCUCUGAGGGUUAUCUAGUCCAACCCCCUGCAAUUAAGGAAUCUCCCAAGGCAGGACUCGAACCCACAACCGUGAGAUCAAGAGCCUUGUGCCCUAACGGUUGAGGUAUCCCAGCAGUGGGGUUUUUCUUGCAAAUCACAGGAGGAUGGGAGUUGGACUGCAAAAAUAUCUGCAGGUUGCGAGGGGUAUAGCUGUUCACAGAAACUCCCCAAGCCCCCUUUUUGGGCUGUUGACCAGCGCAAAGCUUUCUGCAGCUGCAACAAUGAUUUUGCGAGUGUGAAAUUUUGUGAACGGGAGCAUGAAGAAUUAUCUGGCUAGGCCGUCCUGAUUUCAUUGUUCCCAUGUGCAAAUUCAGUUUAAAUCAUCAUUGCAUAGGCCUAGGGGUGAACGGGCCUAGGGGUGCCUUGCCCAACCUGGAGCCCUUCAGGUGCCUCGUGCUACAACUCCCAACAUCCUCCGUGUCACAUCUGCUGUGGCUGCUGACAACUGUAGUCUGAAAAUCUGAAGGGGCACCAAGUUGGGGGAGGGCGCUCUAGACACGACUGGAACCCAGAAAUCCUGACUUAUCGACAACAAUGGGAGAACGAAAACACUCCAGAGAUUUGGACAAAUCACUCCGGGUUAAGUCUCAGAGUGGUUUCACAAUCGCUCGUGAACUGCCACCCGCUGACCAUUCCUAGAAUUUAAAGCAUAUCAGUUGUUAUUUACGAAUUUCACAAACUGAAUAUACCGCUUGAUUUCUUUCUUUUUUAAAAAAAGUCAAAGCAAUUUACGAAAUGCAUGCAUGCAAAAUUCGUGUGUGCUUCUGCCCUGGGCCUCUUUUGCAGAGUCCUGGUUGCUUAAAUUGGGUCGUGCAACACCUUCCGCCCUGGUCAGGCUGUGGGUCCCCCCCUCCUGCGGCCUGCCUUGCUGUGGUUCUCUGCGCAUACUCGUUCUCAAGCCUUGACCUUCUCUUUCUCUCUCUCUCUCUCGUUCUCUCUCCCCUGUCUGUCGCUCUCGGCUCGCCCUGCCACCCGACAGAGCUUAAAAUGGUUCCAGCCGGUGAGUGCCCAGAUGGGAGGGAAAGGGGGGAGGGCAAGCGGGGGGGAGAGACCCCACCCUACCCCUGCCACCCAGCACCUCCGCAAUGGCUGCACCUACCAAGGGACGCUGUUGGCGCUGUGGGUUAAACCACAGAGCCGAGGGCUUGCCAAUCAGAAGGUCGGCAGCUCGAAUUCCCCACAACGGGGUGAGCUCCUGUUGCUCGGUCCCUGCUCCUGCCAACCUAGCAGGUCGAAAGCACGUCAAAGUGCAAGUAGAUAAAUAGGUACCACUCCGGCAGGAAAGUAAACGGUGUUUCCGUGUGCUGCUUUGGUUCGCCAGAAGCAGCUUAGUCGCGCUGGCCACAUGACCCGGAAGCUGUACGCUGGCUCCCUCGGCCAGUAAAGCGAGAUGAGCGUCGCAACUCCAGAGUCGGCCACGACUGGACCUAACAGUCAGGGGUCCCUUUACCUUUACUAUCAACUGGUCAACACAGUUUUGCAAGGCAAUUUCCCCAUAUACAACGGACCUUUGCAUGUUACUUUUGCAGAUGUUAGCAUUUUAACGCACACUGUGGUCUAAACCACUAAGCCUUGGGCUUGCCAAUCAGAAGGUCACGGUUCAAAUCCCCACGACGGGGUGAGCUCCCGUUGCUCAGUCCCAGCUCCUGCCAACCUAGCAGUUCGAAAGCACCUCAAAGUGCAAGUAGAUAAAUAGGUACCGCUCCAGCGGGAAGGUAAACAGCGUUUCCGUGCGCUGCUCUGGUUCGCCAGAAGUGGCUUAGUCAUGCUGGCCACAUGACCCAGAAGCUGUACGCCGGCUCCCUCGGCCAGUAAAGCGAGAUGAGCAUCGCAACUCCAGAGUCGUCCACGACUGGACCUAACAGUCAAGGGUCCCUUUACCUUUACCUCAUUCCAAACUGAUGCCCAGGGAUAACUGUGUCAGGAGUUCAGGCUACACUCGAGCAGGACCCUGGCAGACACACAUGCCCGACUGGCAUGUUCUCUCCCUCCUGGUCGAUCGUUCGGGAGCUUCAUAAGUUUUCUUCAGCCCAAACAUCACAGUGACCGAUGCCAAACAACACCAGCACACUUAGGGAUCCGCAGAGUUUGUGCAGUUGCGUAACAGACCUCAGCAACUCAGUAUGUUGGCUAAUCUACUUUAUUUACAUAUAAACACACACGGAGCACUGCAACAUCCUGUCUUCAUUAAUUCCCACUCUGUGGGGUCAAAACAUACACCGUCAUGAGAAAGACAACAAUCCCAUGACUGCAAUCAUGGAGCAGGAAUUCUAACAAACUGGACCAUGCUCACGAUCGUGACAUUCAUGGCUAGCAGCCUCAAACAACCCAGAGGAAGCCAAUGUUCUCAGAAUUGUAGAGUUGGAAGGGACCCCCAGGGGCCAUCUAGUCCAACCCCCUGCAAGGCAGGAAUCGCAGCUAAAGAAUCCCGGAUGGAGAGUUACUGAACGGAAUCACUAUGUGCCAGUGGGGGAAAGGAGAAGGACUACCUGUUGGAUUCCUUAGCAGGCAUAGCCAAACUUGGCCCUUCAGCUGUUUUGGGACUACAGUUCCCAUCAUCCCUGACCAGCGGUCCUGCUAGCUAGGGAUGGUGGGAGUUGUAGUCCCAAAACAGCUGGAGGGCCGAGUGUGGCCACGCCUGCCCUAGAGGCUUAAGGGAAGGAGCAUGAAGAGGGUGGGUGGCCCCAUAGGAAAGGGGGAGGAGAGGGGGGCAGAUCUGGGCCAAAGAGAGUGGUCCUACAAGCCUUAAUGAAAGUCAGCAGUGUGGCACAGUGGUUAGAGUGUUGGACUAGGACCUGGGAGAGACCAGGGUUUGAAUUCCUACUCAGCCACAAAGCUCAUGGGGUGACCAUGGGCCUGUCACCGCCUCUCUCAGCCUGACCUCCUGACCUCCCUCCCUCCCUCCCUCCCAGGGUUGUUGUGAGGCUAAGGUAAUAGAAUUAUAAAACUGCAGAGUUGGAAAUGACCCAAAGGGUGAUCUAGUCUGACCUCCGAAAUGUGUGUGCUUCUAGGAGGAAGGGUGGGAUACGAAGGCAAGAAGGAGCCUGCAUGCACAUUUGAAACAUGUCUUGACCAGAAAGCCUCUGAGAAACAACAUAAAUUUAUCCCAGCGGAGGCUUCUUCUGUGCCACCAGUGGAUUAGGCCAAAUAAGAUGUGACUGGGAGGGAGGUGGGGCAGGUGGGGAGCCCGUAACAAAGAGCGAGCCUGCAGUAAACCCCACGUUUAUUAGCAAAAACGCAAUCUUCGCAUACUUGGUGGAGUGCAAGGAACGCAGCAGUUCAACCCCGGUAGAUCUUGCCCCAUGGAUAUUGGCAAAGCUGAAAGUCCCCACCUCCCCACAGUCGUCAAUGUCUCCUCCUCUCCAGGGCUUUCCCCAAGCGAUCGGAGACUGUGCCUGCAUGCAAACAGCCUAUCCUCCUCCCUCUUCACGCCUCUCUUGGUUCUGGGAGACCAGGGAGGAGGAGAACUUGUUGCAGCAGCAGCAAGAGGAGACACCUGUGCCUCUUCACCAGCUGGACUCAUCUCUGCCUCUUGGCCUCCCUCCUCUCCUGAUUCAGCUUCUACCUCUGAUUCCGGACUUCUCUCUGCACAGACUCUCCCCGCCCACUAAGCCCUGUUACCUUUCCAGAUUCCAACACCUCCUCUUCCCAGGCUUCUCCCUCUGAUCACUCAUCAUUGUCCCACCACCAAUCCCUGGGCUCCGAACCUUCUGUGGGAAUGUUGAGGGAUGCGGGGAGGAUAUAUUGUCUAAGAUAUCCUAUCCCAACUUAUCUUUACAAGUUCAACAAAUCAGCAGAGUUAACAUUCCCCUUUUUAAAACCACACACAUAGCAGAUAGCUUGCUCAUACUCGUUAGAGUCUCUGUAAAUAUUUCCUGGUAUUUCCCCCAUUUAAUCCCUCCUAAAAUGGAUUGCUAAGCAGUCUUGUGUGAAGUAUAAAACGCUUACUCACAAGUAAUCAUCUGUUCACACAAAGGUUCCCAGAAGGCGGACUUAAAAGGUUAGAACAUACGAUGGUACCUCGGGUUAAGAACUUAAUUCGUUCCAGAGGUCCAUUCUUAACUUGAAACUGUUCUUAACCUGAAGCACCACUUUAGCUAAUGGGGCCUCCAGCUGUCGCUGCACCGCCAGAGCACGAUUUCUGUUCUCAUCCUGAAGCAAAGUUCUUAACCCAAGGUAAUAUUUCUGGGUUGGCGGAGCCUGUAACCUGAAGCAUCUGUAACCCGAGGUACCACUGUAGUUUAAAUGUGGUGACUAUCUCCUUACGGGAGAAAGCCUCCCCUUUUCUUCUCUUGGCCUGGAGCCAAGGGUGCAUCUUAGUAGUGCUGUUGUUAAGAUGGCGUUGAUAGAGACAAGAGGAGACAAGAUGGUCGCCAGCCUGUGGUUCUGGUUCAAUUCUACUUCAGGAGAGGCCAUGCCCAUCUCAGGUUACACAUAGGAAGUUUCGUCUCGGUCCUGGAAAGCAGGAAGUUCCGGCUGGAGGACUGAGACAACCUUCAUGUCUACUCUAGCAAUGUUGUGUUUGACUGCACCUGAUUCUUACAUCCCACACCUUCUUCCCCUGGUGGCUCCCCAGUUGGUACCUCCCACCAUUCCUCUGCCUCCAACCCAUCCAUGACACCCCAGGAAUUUGUUUUCAAGGGCAGGGGGCUGCCUCCAAUAAGCACAGGGUAACCAGCCAGAGCAUGGCCUGGGCAUGGAUAGUUCAGUUGGUAAGAGCGUGGUGCUGAUACAAAACUCGGUUGUCGACCGCAAUCCGUUCCGAAAGCUCGUUCUGAAACAUCCGAAAUGUUUGGCAACUUCUGAUUGGUUGCAAGAGCUUCUUGCAGUCAAGCGGAAGCCGUGUCGGAUGUUCAGGUUCUGAAAAACGUUCGAAAACCGGAGCAUUUACUUCCGGGUUUUCGGCGUUCGGGAGCCGAGAUGUUUGAAAACGGAGCCGUUCAGGAACCGCCAAGGUUGCAGGUUCAGUCUUUGUACAGGAUAUUUGUACAGGAUAUUUGUACUGCAUAUUCCUGCAUUGCAGGGGGUUGGACUGGAUGAUCUUCAGGGUCCCUUCUAUGAAGCACCCUGAGAUGAAAGCCCCCAAUGCCAGGUCCUGCCAUCUUGCCUGGCUCCCCUCCACUAAUGGGGUCCUUUCCCUUUCUGCCCUUCUACAGGUCAAUGCUGGAAAGGCCUCGCCGCACCCUGAUAACGUCUACUUCCAGAACGAGGGGUACAGCGACCUUGGCGACGAGGCGCCCAAGACGUACGGAGGCCAGGCGGCCCUGAACUCCAAGCUGGAUUCAGCGAGGAGCGGGAAAGGCCUGCCCGUUGGUGACGCGCCACUGGCCAACUCGGUGCCCAAGGGCGGGGGCCAGGCCCGAGCCAGUGCGGCCCCCAAGAAGCCCGAGGAAGAAGAGGAGGCCAAGACGGCUCUCGUCAAUGGAAAGGCCCUCGAGCAACGCCCCUCUCUCUGCCUGGAAGAUGAGGCCUUGCCCAAAGCUGCGGAGCAGCCGGUGGAAAUGCGGGUGGUGGAAGAUGAGGAUGAGGAAGAUGAGGAAGACGAGGCUACUCUCUUCCCCGUGGGCAGUGAGGAGAACCAGUUCGGAGACACCAUAGGAGGACCCGAGGAAGAACAGCGCUCCGAGGGCGGUCCGCAGCAAGGGGGAGAGUCGGUGCCAGAAGGCAAGUUGGCUGCCAACGGGGGCCCAAGCCACGUGGAGCCCGCUCCUCAGAGCCCUACUGCUGACAGGAACUGUGAGGGUGGCAGAGGGGCUGGGGAACACCCUGGGUCCCCCAGUGAAAGCAUGGACGCAUCCCAGGUUGUUCCCUGUGGCACUUCUGCUCCAGGGGACACAGAGCCCAGCGACACAACCCCGGCCCCCAAGGAACCAGUCCCCCCACUGCCGAGGCUGGAAAAGCUGCCCACGGAGGACGAGGAGGAGGACGACGGGGAGGAAACACCAAAGGCCACGUCACCCACUUAUCGAGACCCCCUGGCACCUCUGCCUGUCAGCGACGUCAGGAUGCCCGCCACACUUUUGCAGCUUCUGGAAGAUUCCAUCGAGUGCUAG